AAUUACAUUUACUACAUUUUACCCGAGUACGACCCGAGUGCAUGUGUAGCAGCCGUGGUGUACACAUCAAGUUUGCGUCGCUCUCGUGUGUUUUAUUUUUCAGUGAUUUUCUAUCGAACAGAUACGCAAGUGUUGCAUAUAGAAAGUUCCGUCUCGUUACCGCGAAGACGCCCAUACUUCACGCACGCAAAUCGGUGCAGACAAUGAAGAGCUAUCGCGAUUUCAGUGCGCCGCCGUAGCCGCCGUUGGAAAAGGUACCUACCGACCACAACACCGGAACUUCGUACGACCGCCAAUACCGCGCAAACGCUCCGGCACCUGAAGCGAAGGCUUCGUUGGAUUCAGCACAACGCCCUGAAUCCAGGAAGACGUCGCACGUGAGUUUUUAUGAACUACUCGAGCUGCUGUAGCUAUAAACGUUAGGUAGUGAUAGGCACACGCAACACAUUUUUGCUGUGAUGUCAUCGUCGUUGCGAGAUUUCGCGAAUGUUCUCGAAGCUUCUAAAAAGUUCUAAAAGGACGAAAAUAAAAUUGAUCACAUACAAAGUGUGCGCAGAAAUUUUUUUUUUUUUAAUUUUCUUUUUGCCAUCGUUCGGCCAAACCAAAAGUCGUAGAGGGUCCGGACUUCAACCUAACCUAACCUAACCACGAAAUAAUUCUAUUAUAAUAUAGAGGUCAUAAUAAUAUUUUUAUUAACUUUAAGAAUCAACUAAUUGAAAUAUUAACACAAAUUUCAACUAAUAAGGUAAUAAUUUUAGUAUGGGACAUAUAUAUAAAUAUAGAUAAGGCAAUAAAAGUUAUUAUAAUCAUGAAUUAAGAUAUUUUAGACCGUGGUUAUAACCAACAGUAAGGCGAUCGCCUCUAUCACCUCCCCCUUUGUAUACGCCUCUGACUUUUAUUGUUCACAUAUUUAUAAAAAACAGGAAUAUUGAAUGUUUAAUCCCUUUGAUUUAUCAAUUACCAGUCUUCUAAUUCGACUAGUAAUUUAUAAUUAGAAUAAUUGGAUACAUUAUUUUAUUAAUUUAAUAAAUUUCAAAUUGAACUUAUUUAAAAAAAAAAAAAACAGUAUCCUUAUUUACGAAGUUAUACACACGUUUUACGUUGAUAACCACGGACAACGUACGAUUAAUCAAAAGUACCAACAAUUAUUUCGUUAACAGUCCCGUUACUAGAAUAUUUUUAUGUUAUAGCUAUUAAUAUUUUUUUUUCUUGUUAACCUUGCUAAACUGUACAUUUUUGUUUCGUUUUGUUUCUUUCUUCCUUUUAAUUUUCUAUUAAUGUUUAAUUUUAAGUUUAAAGUUUUCUGCUAUAUUUGCAUUAACUCUUCGUCCAUCAUGUUACGAAAAUUAAAGUUGUGAACUCACUGCUCCCACCACAAGUUUCGCUUAAAAGGAGUAGGAGUAUCGAACGAUUUUUUAUUAUAUUAAGUAUACAAAAUUCUAGUUAUAAAAUUAAGUAAUGUUACCCAGUUUAUUACACUUUGUAAUUUUUAAUAUUGUUUUGAUUUCAAAUAAAUAAAUAAAUAAUAUAUUAUAGUUAAAAUCUGAUUUAGUUACCUCAAUUGAAUUCUUUGAAAGUCUAAAAUUACUCUUGAAAUUAAAGUCAUCAAACAAGCUUGUUAUUAACAUAAAAUUUGUAAUUCAUGCAGUUUUUGGAAAUUAAUGGUCAAUUGAGUGCCUUCUCUUUCUAUCUAAAGAUUGGUUUAUAUUUUUAAAGUGAUUUAAAUUUAACAUUAAUAUUAAUAUAAUAAUAUAAUAUGUUAAUAGUUGAUAUGAUAAUAAUUGUGGUUACAAGAAUUAAACAACAUAUUCAAGUGUAUAAAAAAAAAGGGAUUCCUAAAUUCUAUCAAUCCGUUGAACAAUCUGCUACAUUAGUAGACGAAUUUAGGAACAUACGGAUAUUAAGAUUAUUAAUUUUUUGUUAUAAAAUGACCAAAAUAAAUAAAGAAAUACACUCUCCUUGGUGGUAAAGAAAUCUUCGGAUAUAAGUACGACGUUUCGGAAUAUAAUGCACCGGUACCGAUUCAAUUUUUAUAUCGACAAUUGGGUACUAUAGAAAAUUAGAAACGAUAAAAUAAAACUAUUACCUAUAGCAACAGUCCGUGGUGACGACAACAGUUUAAAUAUACAGAAAUAAUAAUAUAAUAUAAUCUUAUAUUAUUUCAUAUUAUAUAGAUGGCUGAAAAUGUAUCAACCAGUAAAGAAUAACGUUUCUGAGACCAACAAAAAAAGAAUUAAGGAUGAAAAAGAUUCGAAAAAAGUAAUAUUAUAUUAUUAUAUACUAUAUUCAAUAAUUCACUUAUAUGCGCUAUCCUGUAGUUUCUUGGUAAAAUUUUCUUGAAAUAAUAAUAAUAUUAUGUACUCAGUGGCAUAUUUAGAAUUUUGCUGCCCUGGAUACACAUUUUUUUUAAAACCCCCGUGGAUUUUUUUAUAAUACCAAUUUUACUAACCCACAAAAAAAAAAAACAAACAAAACAUGUAAUAUAGUAAUAGUACCGCACAGUAUACAAAUCUAUUGAAUACCCCAGAAUGUUGAAAAUCGUAGGUACUCUCAACCGUGAUCACAAAAAUAUCUAAGCAUUUCGAAAAAAAAUUAUGCUUACAAUUAUUGCAUGGACCUAGACAAUUAUGUAAUAAUACUAUUAAAUAUGCAAAUACUAUUUGAAUAAGUAUUAAAUUUCUGUAGUAUGUAUACUAUUAUAUUUUUUAUUACGUAUUAGGUAUUAUUUAUGAAAUAGUGAAUAUAUUAAAAACUAAUAUAUAUUUAUUUAAUUGAAAAAAGUUCUAAGCAUGUUCUAACUCAUGCUUAAAGUUUCAAGUAAUUUAAAGAUGACACUACACAAUACCAUGUAGAUUAGGUAAUUAAAAAUAUAUACUCCUACUCACUUAGAUAGUCAGAUGAAUAUGACUAAAAAGUGUCAAUUUAUUUUUUAUCAAAGUAAUCAAUUAAAGCGUUUACAUUAGCAUCAAACUUACAUUAUUUUAAAAACUAAAAUAUUUUAACACGCCAUUAAACGAAAAUAAUGUCACUUUUAUAGUUUAACAAUACGCAAAGAAAAUACAAAAUUAACGGUCGGUAAUUCGAUAUCACACUAUCACUUAGUGAACAACAGAUGUAUGUUACUAACAUUAUGGCCCACAAGAUAUUAUGUUUAGUUUUGGUAUUUGAAAAACCAAUAUUGCGCUCAGUGCACGUAUUAUUAGACGUGGAGGUUUAAUUACACAGAAUAAUUAUGUUGAUAUUGUUAGAAUAUUUUGUUGACAUUUAUUUGCCUAAGUAAAAAUUUGUUUUCAAAAAAAAAAAUUUCACUAAACCAAUUUUAGUGGAAUCAAAAUCAAAAUGCUUUCCGCGGAAAUUUUCCCACUUGGCUCCUUUAAAUACACCACUGUAUGUAUCUAAUAAUAAAAAAAUAAAUUUAGUUACUUGGUAAUGGAUAUUUAUUAGUACCAUCUUUUUGGCGGGCGUUUUGGGAUAUGAAAUAUUUAUUUUUGACAAUAUAAUAUAAUAUAUUAUUAUUUUUUCUUUAGGUUUUUUUUUCAGUCUACUGGGCCACCCCGUGGUCCUCAACUUUAAUUAACGGUUCAAACAUUAUAAUCUAUCCUCCGAUUAUGUCUAAUCAUCACCUUAGUUUUUUUUUUUUGAUACAAUAUAUUAUUAUGAUUCCGAAAUUUGAUCGGACGGAUAUUAUUUUUAUGACUUCUUAUUUUAAUUGAAUAAUAAUCUAUUUGCUUUAAAUAAUAAUAAAUCUAAUUCGUUUUUCUGUAUAUCAUCGUGGUAAUAUUUGAGAAUUAUAAUCUAUUCCAUUCAUGAAUAGCAAUAAUAUUUUAAAUAAUUUUCUGAAUAGAAAUUUUAUCUUCAUAGUAACUUGGGGAGAUCAUUUUUUGAUUUUCCAAUUUGUUUUUCCCACUUAUUAUAAAAACUCAGGAAAAUCAAAACAUGACCUUAUAGUACUAACCCAGACAGUCUUCCUUUCAGAAAAAUGUCUACCUUUAUAAAGUUAGGUUAGAUUGGAAAGAAUUUCCGGUUCAAUAAAUGAGAAAAAACGGGAAAAUGUAUUAUUUUCUAAUAUUUCAAAUAUUACGACCUUUUAAAUCAUAUUUAACUGAAUUCUGCUCAGAAUCGUUUUUCGUCUGCAAAGAUUAAUAUUGUUAUAACUAAUAAUAAUUGUAUACAGAUUUACAUUAAAUUCCUCUCUAUAUCCUACCUUCCAAACUUCUAACCUAUAAAAAUGGCCUACCAAUCGUGCUAUGUCUGCUUUUUUAUUCACAUAGAUUAACAAUCGAAUUAUUAGUUUUAUAUUAAUAUAAAUUGUCGGCAAGUACGCAUAUAAGGUAUAAAACGAACGCUGUGCCGCGGCCAUCUUCGAGUGACUACUAUAAUACGGUACAUGCAUUUUCCCACUGUCGAACGUCUCCACUUCCUGAUAGAAUAGGUAAGACUUCCCUUUCAUUGAAAUCCAUCAUCCCCCCCCCCCCCAAAAAAAAAAAAAAAAAAAUAUUUAGUGUUUAGAUUUUUUUUAUAAGAAAAAUUAUGAGAACAUUUCACAAUAAAACACUUUUAAGCCGCCGAAGGUGGACACCCACUUCCCACCUAUUUGUUUUCAUUCAAUUAUAACACCACGGUCAAAAUCAAAAAUUAAUAUGGGUAAAAAAAAAAAAUUGGCACGGGCAACACCAGGUAUGGGACAGCUAGUAUAAUAUAUGCAACAAGUUAUAAUCUGUUUAUUGAUUAUGUCAUUUUUAUUUUCAGAAUAAAGCGACCGAGGAGCGUAUGGAACGGGAAAAAUUCCGUAGAAAUAUGAUUUUAAAUUACGCUGAACACUUAUUGCCCGCAAAGCAAAGGUUCAAAGAUCCCUUGAUCCAGUACUAUUACUUUAUCAAGUAUGGUAUACAAAUCGAUACGCAAUUGUAUACACCGAUUGGAAAGGGAAUGAUGAAAAGAAUCAUCGAUCGUAUACCGAAAGAAUAUCAACAAAUGAACUUGUUUUCAACGUUAAAAGUUGAAAUGAUGAACGUAAGUACGACUGAAUAUUGUAAAAAUAUUAUGAUCGUAAUUAUAUGAACUAAAAAAAUUCCGUUAUUAAUAAUAAUAAUUUAAUUUUCUGUAGACAAAGUAUGUAUUUUCAUUCCAUAAUAACCUUUGAUCGUUGUUUUAAGUAUACAUUUCAAAUAUGCAUUAUACUAAAUAAUACUUAACUAUAAUUUAUACUUUCAAAUUGUAUUAUUUGUUUUUUUAUUAAUCAAGUUAGAUAUUUAACCACAAGUAUAGCAUUUUAUAUUUUUAUAUUGAUUAAUUUUAUUACCUCGUAGGAGGGGUCAGAAUACUAUCACGGUACUUCUGCAGUCUGCAUGUCGUAAGAGGCGAAAAAAAGAGGUGUUUUAUUGUGGGCACACAUAUUAUCAUAUAUUGAGGGCAAAAGGUAAAUUUUACUCUAGAUAAUUUGGGAGAAAUUGGUAAAAAAAAGUACUUUGAGGGCAACUGGUACAUGCCCAUAGAUUCCGCCAGUACAGAUGAUCUAAAACAACCUAUGGAUUCCGACAUCUACACAUUUUUACUUUUAUUUAUCAUUUUUGCUUCUUAACUUUAAUAAAAAAUACACUUACAUAUUUUGACUUAAUUAUGUAACUAAUAAUUACUCAAGUAUAUGUAACAUAAAAAAAUGAUAUAGUUAACCACAAUAUACAUAAUAUAAUGUAACAAAUAAUGUCAUAAUGAUAAAAUAUAAAUUAUAAUACAACACUUCAAAUCAUUUUAAGUUUUUAGUAAUACAUACCUAUAGGUAUUAUUUAAAAUUUAUUUACUCGUAUAUUAUUUAUUAUAGGAAAAUAUUUAAAAAAAAAUAUGUUUCUUACAGUAUAAAACCAAGUUAUAUCGUAAUUAUUACUUAAACUUAAUCAUAAUUACGGAAGCCAAAUCAAAAUAUAAUUUAAAAAAAAUAAUAAUAAUAAUAAUAAUCAAUAUAUUAUAUAAUAUAAUACAUAUAUGUAUUUGUUAAAAAUUAGUUUGUUUUAAAAAAAUUUUUAUUUUUAUGGAGUACUAAAUUAUUUUCUCGUUCACCAGCUAAAAUUUUAAAAUUAAAUUUAAGAACACGAGAAUAUCGGUGAGAACAAUAGCGUACAAGAAUUCAGCACUUACUGAUUAGUAUAGGUCACUGUAGGAAAAUAAUAUUAGUUGUACGCGUUUCAAUUUUUUCAUUAUUCACAUUCAGAUUAUCCAAAUAUUAGCAAUAACAAGUCAGUAUUUAUGAUUAAAACUCUAAUAUACUACUAUAUAGCUAUUUGAAUAGUAUAAGUAUUAAGUAUAUUUGAAAUAUCCGUUUUAUUAUCUAUUACAUAAUACCUCUGCUUGAGUUAUCAUUUCCAAAACUAUUAGUUACAUAAUUAAUUAAAAUUUAAUGACUUUUUAAUAAAUGUAUAGGCUAUUUUUAGACUACCUGUACUGACAAAGUCUAUACUGGCGGAAUUAAUGUAUCUUUUUUCCAAAUAUAAAAUAGUCUGACAGAAUCGAUAAAAUAAUAUAAGAUAAUAAUAUAAUAAGAGAAAAUAAACCAAGAUAGUUUGGGCAUGUCAUGGGUAGUAGGGAAACAGAAGCAGUAAGAAUUGUAAUAAAGUACUACAAAUAAACGUAGGAGGAGUGGAAGAACGAAAAAAGGUGGUUGGAUGGAAUUAAGAAUGAUAUGUGAAGAGAAGGUGUAUGCGAAAAUGAUGUAGGAGAUCGGCUUAAAUGAAAGUUUAGGACGAGAGUGGUUGAUCCUAAAUAGUUGGGAUAAAAUCGAAGGAGAAAAAGACAUCGAUUCAUUUAAUUAUAAUACCUAUAUAAUGUGAACAUAUUCAAAAUCUGCUUUAAAUUGUUCAAUGGGUUCAAUUGUUCAACACCUCUUUGUCUGGCUAUUGGGAUAAAGUCAAAAACUAUGACAAAUGUCGUGAAUUUCACAAAAAGUUUAACUCAUUAGUAAAACAUUAAAAAAACAAAACCAAUAUCUAUAGUUAUUUUGAAUAAUUGCGAGAGUUGUUUGAAUCAAAUUUUCCCGAAAAAUUGUAAGCCUUUGUAAGUAUUUGUAAGCAACAAUUUGAAAUUUGUAAGAUUAGUCGUUUUGAAUUAACCACUAAAACUUAUUUCACGACUAACUUCCGUGAAACUUGGCCGUUUUGCCAUUUCCAAAUUUUUAACCCAGCGAAAAUGUUUUACACUAUUUGUAAGUAUUUUUAAGCGCAAAUCCACAAUUUUUUAUUCAUCCCUUCUUGGAUUAUCCCUGAAAAGUAGAAGUGGUCAAUAGUGUUUGUUAUUCUACAAUAAUAAUCCAGUCAAAGUGGACAAAAAAACGACAAAGUUCGGAAUUAAUUCCUCGAUAGUUGAAUUUUGGUACAGAAGCAGUUUACACUACAUUUAUAAACAUACUAAAAGUCCUUACACCUAUCCCUUGUGCCCCUUGACCCUCUCGAAAUUGGCAUGUGUUCCUUUCACUGAUUUCGAUUACAACUCGUCAAUUAUUAAAGAUACCUAUGGCCAAAAUUAAAGAUCAUACAAUUUACCACAGAAUAAACUUACUUUUAAUAUUUAUACAUUAUGUUUAAUUUAGGUUCAGUAUCAGUGCAGUUAGAUCAAUACAAAGCUAAUGUUUAAAAAGUGAAAAUAAAGGAAGUCUGAGACAAAUUUUAUUUUUCAUUUGUCUAUCUUUAAUAUAAUUAUAAUAUCUAAAACAAUGAUAUAUCCUUUAAUUCAAAUUAAUUUAAUUUAAUUAUAUUGCAGUAGCCUUUAACUUAACACUGUACAGCUUAGUAGUACCCAUUUUUCAACUUUUUAUUCAUUGAUAAUUUUAAAAUUUAACGUAUUAUAUUCAUGUAAAACUAGGCUUAUUUUGAUAGUUAAAACCCACGAAUAUUUUAAUAUAUUGUAUACUAAAACACUAUAGUGGGUGAGAAUGAAAUUAUACUAUUAUUAGUGUUAUUAUUUAACAAUAUGAUUAUAUGGUUACAUUUAGUUAAAUUAAUAGAAUAUUAAUAAAAUUAUUAAAAAUUUAAAAAGCAAAGCCAACUUCUUUUUAGGGAUAAAUAAGUCCUUUAGUCGAAGAAUAAGUUCCGAACUUUUUUGUUUUUUUGUACAAUUUGUUUGUAUUAUAGUUGAACAACAAACAUUAUUUACCACUUCUAAUUUUCAGGGAUAAUUCAAGAAGGGAUGACUUACAUAUUUUUGGGAAAAUUUAGUUAGAAAAUAUUGAUGGGUAGUGGCUAACAUCACGGACCUUUAGUUUAGUGGUAAAAAAAAAUUACUUUAACUAUAUAUAACUGUAUGAUUAUAUAUAAUAUACAAUUUUAAACAAAAUAAUAUUUAUAUACUUAUUAGGAGUACUUAAGUUGGUCGAAAAAUGUGAUAGUAAGAAUAGGAUCGAUCGAUUUGUACGAACCUCAAGACGACUUUUCGUCAAUAAACUCACCAUUCAGAGCGGAAAUACGAAAAAAUAACCCGUUAUGGGCCAAAUCGAUAAAAUUCGCAAAAUCGAGCAUUGAGAAAAAUCUACAACAAUUAAAUCCGAUCAUUGUUAAAAUGAUCGCGUCAUGGUAUAAAGACUUUAGGUGAGUAUCUACUGUAUGAUGGAACAUUUUGAUGAUCCAAAAUAAUAUUUAUUAAUGUUUUUGUACAUUUAUAUUGUUUGAUAAAAAAUUGCUAGUUUAUAAUGUUUUGAAUGGCGUACAACUCAUAAACAUGAAAUGUUUGUUUUGCAUUUUUAAAGGGUAUUUUAGGAUUUCGUACAUUUUGAAGGCAUAUUUGAUAAUUUUUGUUUAUAUUUACCGAAGAGCUUUUAUAACUUAAGUAAUUAAUCGAUAGUAAAACAACAAAAAUUAUAGUUAUUAUUUCAUAUUUAAAAUAAAAUACAUUAUUAAAACAUUUUAUUUUUAAUCAUAUAGGUACUCGUAUAACAAUUGACAUUAAUGACAUUAAUUAUAAACUCCGAGCGUAGCGAGCGAGCUAUUGGUUUUCCUAAGAUGUUUAUUUUUUUUUUCUUCCUUUUUUCUUUCUUUCUUUCUUUCUUCUAGUCGGUGGACACGUUUUUUCCUAGUAAAUUUGUUAAGAUUUGUACGUGUAACACCUUCUCUGAAAGCUCAAGUUUACUAUAUUGUACUUUAAAUAAGCCAUUUUUUGAUUUUUGACGCCAUUUUUUAAAUAAAAGUACUUAAGUAGGAAAAAACAUAGGAAAACGUACAAUUUCACCAUUUCAUUAUUUUAUAAAAACACGGACGACAUUUUCCAACAGAAAAAAAUUAUUUAAUCAUAAAAUCACGAGAUAUAUUUUUUAUUGACUUUUUGAUUUACUUUCUUACUUUUUUACUUUAACUGCAGAACUUUAAGCCACUUUUGAGAUUUUAAGGAAUUUUAAUUUUUGGAAGUUCUUUUGCUGUAAUUCGGUUAGAAAUACACUUCGAGAUUGGAAACUUGGUAAUAAUACUUAUAUUUGACUUACCUAGUAAAAUUUCCGAAAUCAUCGAACGAUUUUUUUUUUUAAAUAAACGUUUUGAAAUCAAAUUUAAACGAAAAUCACAUAAAAAAUACUUCAAAUUAUGUAUUACCGAACUGCGCUCGAAAUCGUCUUUCGUCAAUAAAUGGUUUUUCGUUACUUACAGAUAUAAAUGACAUAACCUUAUGUAUCCUGCCAUUCCAACUUCUCACCUACAACAGUGGCCACUCCCAUCCCCAUUAUCAACUUUUUUUUAUUAUUAUUUUAAAAUUAAAAAUGAAACGAAGAUAUUAGUUUAGAAAAAUACGUAUCUAAAAGUAUAGUAUUAAAAUGCUCACAAAAUUCAUAUAAAAGUGCCCAUUUUCAAGUCUGUCUUGAUCCUAAAUUCAGUUUUGGUUAUAAGAUUAGUGACCUUAAUUACUUUUAAAUAAAGGAGAAACUAUAUUCUAUGUACUUGUCAUGUAUUCUUUUUAAUAUCUACGUAUUUUUUAGAGAAACGAUUUUUUUAAAUUUUAACGAAAGACAAUAUAAAGACAUGAGAUUUUCAAUACUCGAGUUUAGAAAAUUGAUUUUAUUGCAGUUAUCGGCCGUCAGAUAUAAGUUACUAGAUAAAUGGUUCGAUUGUGUGAAACGAAUAUUUGAAAAUGUAAUAUAUACCUAACCUAAUUAGCAUUAAACAGCAUCAAACAUGCUAAAUUUUAAUUUUAAGCUUGUAUAACUUAAACAUUUUUAGAAAAAAUACAAUUAUAAAUUGUCGACGAUAAACGAUACGAAAACUCAGACAGCUUUUUACGAUUUUAUCGCCUAUCUCAUGCAAAAACAUUACAAAGAAUUCGUUCUUAAAACUAAUGUAGAAUUCACGGAAUCAAUGUGUGACCCUGAGGUAAGAAAAUAUAAAGAAAAUAUUCGGAUAAUUAUUAUUAUUUUUUUUUUAGAUACUAAAAUUUGAUAUUGAUAAUUAUUAUCAGUGCAUUGUUUUUUUCUUCGACAUUGAUAAUAUUAUUUUAAAUCAAAAUCACAUUACAUGUAAUAAUAUUAAUUAGUAAUAUUGAAUUAUUAUUCGUAACGAUAAAAAAAUCUAAUCUCACUUUUAGUAUCGGGUCUAUGUAUGUGCUUAUUAAAUCUAAUGAAAUAUUAUUUAAAGAACAUUUUAUUACUGUUGAGAUAUUAUGUAAAAAAUUUAAAAAUGCAACUAAUUUAUUGUUUGGUGAUUUUAAUUUACCAAAAUAAUGAUUUGCAUUUAAACUUGAAAAAAUUUUCCACAGUUACUUUUUUUUUGAAAAGAACGACAAUUCAGUUUAAUUAUUCUUUAGCAAAUAUUAAUUUAUCAAAAGUAUCCACAGUUAAGGACCUUGAGGUCUGGUUUGAUGUAAAACUCUUUUUUUAAUAACCAUAUACAUUUUAUUAGAAACAAAGCGUUUGCGAAAUUAGGUUUUUAAAACGCACGUGUGUAUACUUUACGGAUGAAUUUGCAUUAAAAACUAUAUAUUAGUUUAUUGUCCGUCCUCAAUUGGAUUAUGCAGUUCUUAUCUGCAAUCCAUAUUUAAAAACUUACAUACAAAGUUUGCAAAAAAUUCAAACUAAUUUUAUUCGUUUCUUAUGUUUUCAAUGUUUGUCUUAAAAACUCUACAUUUAGGCUAUGAGGUAAAAUCAAACAUUUUUAAUAUCUUGACGCUUGAAAACCGUUUUCUUCAAAUAAAACUAAAAUUUGUACACAAAUUAAUAAAUAAUAUGAUUGAUUGCACUGAAAUAGUUCAGAAUAUAUAUUUUAAAAUCAAUUCAAAAAAUUGUUAGAAUACAAAACUUAUUUUAUAUGAUAAUGUAAACACAUAUUAUAUGUCAAAUUUGCCGUCGAAUAUUCUAAUGUCGGCUGGUAAUUCAUGGAGAAAAUUGAUUUUCUCAAUACACCUUUAACAGAUUGCUUUGUUCAGGUCCUAAGAACCACAAAUAUAUAUUAAAAUAAUAGGAGAAAAUUAAUAUGUUAAAACAAAUAAACUAUAAAUAAGUUAAAGUUUGUUUUAUUUUUUAUGUAGUUUUACUUUGAAAUUUUGUAUAUCAUGUAUUUUCUUUCUUUAUUAAUUUUUUCUGAUUAGUGAAUUAUUGUAAUUUAUUAUACAUAUGUGAUAGCUAUACAUUUUAAUUGUAUAAAACUGUAAUUGGAAUUAUUUUUCCAUUAAUAGAUAUUAUUAUUAAUAGAUUCAUGUUUAAAAGUAAAAAAAAAUGGAAUUUAAUUAUAAUUUAAAACUAAAUUUUUUAAGUAAUUCAACAUGCAUGGAUACAAAUUGUAUAGAAAAAUUAUUUUUGCAAAUAUAUUAUCAAAAAGAAAAAUAAUUGUAUUUUAAUUAUUUGAUUAUUUUUUCGAAAUCACAAAUCCUGCAGUUAUUAUACUCUGUAUAUUAAGUUUUAAUAAUUGAUAGUUAUGUACAAUUUAAUGUCUUAAUGGAUCUUAAUGGAUUAUUAAUAACGAACAACUUUUUGUUUUGUUUUUUUUUUGCUUUUUAUCUAUUCCAAUACGAUUCAAAUGUUCUUUUAUCCAUCAAUCGUUUUUAAUUUAUCCUAUGUGUUAAUUCAUUAUGUUGUUUUGACGAAUAAGAAAUAUCCGGGUUUCAUGACUAAGAUAGUGUACCGUAACUCAAGACUACAAUGUUUACCACUAUACGAGCGAUUAAGGGAUUUCAUUAUAUCGAUUUAUACGAUGAUCGAAGAAAUACCGUCUAAUGUAAUGCGUAUUGAACACCGCUUACACGAAAAUUAUCAUACAACGAAAUAUUUGCAAGUAAGACUAUAUUUAUUUACAUAAGCUGUAAAAAUGCAGUAAAAAUUUGUUUGCCGAAAAAAUAAUGUUUAUACAUUUUAGAUUCUGAGUGUAGUCGUGUAGAAAAAAGCUAUUUUAUAUAUUUUUCUUUCUUCAGAAAACCAAGGGGUUUUGUUUAUUACAAAUGCUCAGUUUUUGUUCAUGCAUACCUUAAAAUACGCGGAUUAAUUCCCCGGUAGUGAUUUAUUUGAACAUUAUUUUUUUUUAUAUUCCUGACAACAUAUAGCGAUACCACUGGUUUCACUUUUUUUGAUUUUUGAGUUACCCUCCUUGGCUACAAUGGUUUCAGGUCAAAAUAUCUACAAACAAAUAUCUCUGACAAAAUAUCUUUUAUAGACAAAAUGUUUCCUAAAAAAAAUCUCUAGGAUUUGUGGGAAUAUUUUUUAUUACAUUUAAUUUUAGAUUGUGAGCAAUCCCUCUUAAAAAAAAUAUAAUAAAAUUUCGAUUGAACUUAAAAAAAAAAAAUAAUUAUUUUGUUUUUUAUUAUUUUAUUAAAAUUAAAUUUAACAAGUCGACUGGCGUGAGCAUCAAAAUUAACUCUCCCUGUACUCGUAUGACAGACUUCAUGAGAGUUUAAUUGAAUUAUUAACUAUUUAUAAGCUUUUAAUGUUUGAAAAUUGUUUUUAACUCUCAUUUUAAUAAAUAUAUAUUCAAUAUUUUAAUAGAAAAUCUUUUUUUUGUUAGCUAUAAUAUGCCAGCCAUAUAGUGAUAAAUAGCCAAAUAGGGUUCGGAUUUAAGGCAAUAUAAUCAAUAAAAAUGCAUUUAAAGUGUCGAAAAAAAAGCAUUUAAUUUUUUUAUGAAAAAACAAAUUACUAAAACAUUAAAUAGUUUGUAUAUUAAAUAUUUAACUAAUAUAGUUUGUACUGAAAAAAAAAUCUUCGUCGUUACAUUCUUCGAGUUUAAUCUGUAUAUUAUUUAUUCAAAAUAUCUACACUUUUCGAUAAUAAUACACCUAAAACACAAACAGUAUAUUUUAAUAUAUAGGGUUUACCUAUAUAAUAUAUAAUAUAAUUUAUAUAUAUAAACAUAUAGGUAAAUAAUAUUUGUUACCUCGUUUUUCUAGUUGUGUAAUUGUGUCAGGCAAAAAUUCAAAAUUAGAAUAUGCAAUAAACACCAGAUUACUUUGCAUCGAUGGAAUUUCAAAAAUGAUUUUUACUACUCUCACACAUUCCGAAUUUUCUUCGAAUUCUUCAGCAAUUGAUUUCAGUUUAUUGAAAUUUGUGCAAUAGUAUUUUAUGGCAUUAAUUCAUGUAUCCCAACGUGUAGUUGCCGAUCUUGACAGAUUUGGCAAUCCUGGAUAUUUUGCAUUCAGAAUUGCAAGUUUCUUAGUUUCUUUUUCAUUUAAGAAACUAAAUGGUCUACAUUUUUAUAACGUGCUAGUACUUCUUCACAGACGUUAUGAUAUGUAUGAGCUAAACAAGUUAAAUUAAUAAUAUUCGGGUAUAAAGUUUGAAUUGAACGAUUCGCUUUCUUCAUAUAAGGAGCCGCGUUAGAUAAAUAUUAUCGUAUUUUACAUUAUUACAUAUAGCCACAAUAUACGCAUUGAUUUGACAAAUAGCUGUGUAAUUAUACUACUAUUUACCUUAUCUAAAUAGUCUGUGUGAAGAAAAUACAAAUUUCCUGGACUUUCUGGUUUUAGAAUUUCAUCUAUUACGUUCUCCAUGUUUUGGCAUUCUGAAUGUGUGGUUUCGUUAAUACAUACCCAUAUUUUAUAUUCACCUGCAGCAUCGCGAAUUUUUAACGAACCUUUUCGUAGCAUUUAUCAAAGUAUCCUUUCGUAAUGUUGAUUCGCAUGUAAUAUUUUUAUUUCAAUAUUUCGUCAAAAAAGAUUUAAAACGUCAUUGUUCAAUUUAUUCAUAGGGAUAUUUGCCGCAACUAACGCAUUACACAAAUCGUAAUUGAAAUAUGACUUAAUGGUAUUUGUAUGAAUGAAAGAUUGCACUAUUUUCAAUUUUUGAUAACGUUAUUUUGUGUUUAUCUCUUCCGAUAUGUUGCUGUAUAUAAAAUUUUUUUUCAAUUGAUACUUUGACGUCACAAAUUUUGCAAUAUAAAAUUAAUCCAUCGAGUGAAAAAAAAUAUUUUCGCCGAAUUCUUUAAUAUACUUUUUUAACCUAGAAUUUUUACAUUGCUUAACUUUCGGCAUAUUAAAACAAAUUAAUAAAAUAAACGUGGGUAAAUUAUUAAACAAAAAUUAUGGUUGACGAAUGCGUAAUAUGAACAUAUUUUAUUCUAUAAAUAGGUAAUAUGGGUACUUUUAUAAACAUUAAAUUAACUGACCAAACUAAAUACUCGAUAAAGUAUUUAGCGAUAUCGAUAAAUAUCGCCGAUAAUAAAACUCAUUAAAAAAAACCUAUUCAAAGUAAUUGACAGACGACAAUGCACAGUCUUUAGAAAAUUGUAUCGGUUUUCACCAUUAAUACUUAUAUCGUGUAUAAAACUAUCAAAUCAAUUAAAAAUUAAACACAAUAAAAGCAUUUAUAAGUGAAAAAGGUAGAAAGGCAUCUAUAAGUAAAAAAGGCAAACAAAAAUACGUUCAUCUUACAUAUUAAAUGACAUACAUUUUAAUAUAAAAAUUAUUUUUCUAUUAUUAUUCUUAAGAAAAAGGCUUUUGCCUUCAAAUUUGAACCCUAGUGAUAAACAUAAACCAAAAUAUUUCAGUUAACCCUGACGGAAAAAUAGAUGAGUAUUAAGUUUUACUCUGGAUAGAAUGUGGAGGUAUUUCGCUGAAAAUGGUUUGCUGGUGAUCUUAUUAGCUUUCAUGUUACUGUUUAAGGUUGUGGGCAAUCCCUCUAAAUUUUCUAAAAUUUUCCCGUUUUUCCUACGCUUUUUCCUAUUUAUUGUGAAAACUGUUUGGAUCUUUAAUAAUCUAUAUUAUCAUAGAUAAUUAUCUAAUAACUUGAAAUAAUAUACUCAUAAUAUACUCGUAAUAAUAACUAUUUCUUGUUGAAAUUUAAUAUAUUAAUAUGUUGUACAUUUUUAUUUUUUGUACUCAGUAUAAACGCUAAAUGCAUUCGAAUGCAACAUCUACCCAUUAUGUAGAAAUAAAUGUUUGCCUUUUGGGCUAGCAAUAAACUGUAAAGGUAUUCUUAUAUCCGUUUAAACCAGGGGUGUCCAAACUUUUGUGAAGACUGGGCCACAUCAUAUGAGUAGAAGUUGUUGUGGGCCACAUAUAUUUUAAUAAUAAUACAUUCAAAUUGAAUGAUUAAAUUAUAUUUUAUAACACAACAAUACAUUUUUUAAUAAUAAACAGAAAUAUGUUUACAAUCUAUUACAUUUUAAUUAUAAUUACAAGGAAAAAUAUAUUUAUAAUAAAAAAAUUCUUACCUGGAGAUAUUUUGACUAAUCACCGGCUAUAAUAUUGUAAUCUUACCAGUUUACCGAGCAUUACUUAGAAUUUUUUUUUGAUUUUUAUAAUUAACUGUUGCUUUCUGUAUUUAAACUAAAUUAUCCACUAUUCUAUACCGUAUCAACUUUUAAUCGAUAUCAAUGGCAAAGAUGGAACAAUGGUGUAAAGUUAUUACGUUUUUUUUAAUUUGUAUUUUUUCUAAUUGAGAUUAAUUUCGACAACCGUGAAAUUAUUGACACGAACAUUGACAAAUUGUUGAAAAACUUGGAUGGUUUAUGGGAACAGAGAAAGUCGUUUAUAGAAAAAACCAACAAAUUACUUUACUUAAUCAACGGAGUGGCCAAAAAUGACGUGAUUGUAUUUUUAUCCACCGAUCAUACUUUGGAUGAAUAUAAACGUUACGUAAUUAAGUAUGACAAAAUUUCAUCGGAUAUACCAAGUGAGAUUAACUCAACAGAAACUAUAGGAAUAUUCACGUUUGAUUUCACUGGUAUCAUCAACAUUUUGCGUAAACAAGCUGAUAAAUUUAGAGACGCAAUUAUCGCUAAAAUGAAGUCCACCUACGCUGAUAUUGGAAAAAAGUAUAUUUAUCUAUCUAAAUAUUGAUUAAAAUACGUUUGAUUCUAAACUUCGUUAAAUAUUUAUGUCUAGGCUGAACAAACAGUGUGUUGAUCUGUGCGAUGUAAUAUUGACGGCCCCACAGAAUACUGACGAACUAAUAAAGAUAGUAAAUUUUAUUACAAACACGAGAAAUACAGUUUUGCCGGAUAUAAAAGAGCGAACGGCCGGGGUGCUGUUAUGUGAAAUAUUUUUGAUGGAUUUCAUACAGUUUACGAACGAAGAACUGCAACAAAACACGGAAACAUUCCAAUCGGUUGGCCACGUAACCACGGUGUUAUUGGACAGUGCUAAAAUGAUUAAAGAAAAAACGCAACUAUUUAAAAAAGUAUUAUUGGAACGUACGGCUAUGUUCAAAGCUCAACUAAACGUUUACAAAACAGAAGUGGACGAAUUUGUAAACUAUGGCGAUGCGAGUGAUAUUAAUAAAUAUUCUGAAAAAUCUCGAUACUUGAAUGAUAAAUUAAAUGAAGCUUUAGUUACCAUUGAAGAGUUGAAUAAAGAGGAAAAAUAUUUUGAAUUAAAAGAAACUGCGUAUCCUCUUCGAAAAGUCGUAAAUAGAAAAUAUUAUUGUUUAAUAUAUCACUCUGUGUUGUAUAUAUUAUGCAAUUAAAAAUUUGUUUACAUUUUAGAUUGCCAAUACUUUGGCACCAUACAAACAACUUUACGACAAUUGUUCGGAGUUUAUUGCAAACCAUUCAAAAUGGAUGAGUAGUAAAAUCGGCACGUACGACCCCGAACAAAUCGAUUUAGAUUUAAACGUCUACUAUCGUAACAUAACUAAACUCGAACGUAGUUUUAUGAACAACCCCGCUCCGCUGGGUAUCGCAAAGACGGUAAUUUGAUUGUAUAUUCAUUACAAUUCUAUCUAUUUCAAAUAAUUUCCAGCUUGACAACUCUUCAAAAUCUUUACCUGUAAUUACAACUAUCUUUCAUUUAUCUCUAAUAUAUUUCACCCUAACCAAUAUUUCCCAUUUUCUCCAGGUAUUCUUUAAUUCCGUCUAACCAACGAUUUCUAUGUGAAUCCAUUAGCUAUUUAUACAUGUUGGUCUCCUGUAAGUAGCUUUUGUGAACCUGUCUUUCUUUUUUCUGUAGUACAUUGUAUGUUCAAACCAUUUCAGUUUGCACCAUAAUAAAAUGCAUUACUUAAGAUAAUUUGAGUAUCUUAUUAGUUCCUUAUUUUUCCUGCUACGUCAUUUUGUAUUUUCAACAUCAAUAGCCGCAUUACAUAUUAAUCUCGCUAUUUUAUUUUUUAAUGUGUUUAAUCUUCUUUUAAUUUGUGUAAUGAUCAGCCAUAUCUCGUAUUCAUUCGCUAACGUGUUAGUCUUAUUACAUUUUAAGCUUUGUCCAAUAUUCGUAUUGAGUAAAUCUUGGAUUUACAUAUUUUAAUAGUGCGUGGAACGCUAGAUUUACCCAUUCUACAUUUUACCUUUUAACAAUAUCUACAGGAUGAUCAACAACGUAAGAUGAUUAUCCAGUCUUCUACUAUCUAUGUAUACGAGGUGUGGCUAUUUAAAACCGGGAUUUGUGAUAAAAAUAUAGUAAAUUUUAAAAAAAAUUAUUAAUUUAACUAUGAUCCCCUUCUAUAUACUCUCCAUCUCUACCUAUACAUCGCUGCACACGUGUCUUUUAUUGUUAAAAGCAAUGCUGCAAGUUGCCAUAUGUCGGGCCUUAUCCACCGUUUUUGUCUUCAUCUCUUCUAAAGUUUUAAAUCGAGUUCCUUUCAAAGCAAUUUUUAGUUUGGGGAAUGAACAAAAGUCGCAUGGAGCUAGGUCAAUCUGGUCAAUACGGGGAAUGUUCGAGUAUUGGUAUGCGUUUAUCAGCCAAGUAUUGCUUAACGGAGAAUUCAUUGUGUGCUGGAGCAUUGUCUUGAUGCAGAAUCCAUACAAUGUUUUUCCACAAGUCUGGUCUUUUCUUUCACACUCUUUCUCUAAGUUUAAUCAGGACUUUAAUAGAGUAUUUUUGAUUUACCAUUUGACUUUGAAGCAUUUAUUCAAUCAUUUGUUUCGGUUUUCAGUCGGUUUUCGAUGUGCUAGGACGACUCGAAUGUUUGUCAUUGUCUACUGCUUCCAAAGCCUUACUAAACAUUUUACGCCAUUCAAAAACUAAAGUACCAUUAUAUAGUUACCUUCUAUACACCCCAAUCAACAGUUUAAAACAUUCCGUCAGAGACUUUUUUUUAAUAUAACAGGAAAUUUUAAAUUAACGCAUUGUUCGAUUUUUAAACUCAGCAUAAUUCCGGCAAUAUCGUAUUAUAACUUCUAAUUCAAAUAACACGUAAACGCAAACUAAAAGACCAAAACAAAUAAAAAGAUAUAAUUUAAUGCAGAAAUCUUUAUAGUCCAUAUCUCUCUUGUUACAAACAACUUAAUCUUAUCUCAAGAUUUUAUUGGCCAGAAAUCCGUUUUCAAAUAGUCACACUUUGUAUAUCAAUUAUUAUUUUUGGAUUUCUGGCACAGACUAAGACUAUUAAGAUCUUUGACGAGAUAUUCCACAUUUAAAUUCAGGUAUUUGGAAAGUGGUGGAACACUAUUAAAAUAGCACGCGCUGUGCUGCCAUACAAAUUGUAAACCACUACUCUAUUCCUCCCAAAAUUUGAAAAUGGAAUAUCUUGGCAUAUUUUAACAACAAAAUUGACUUAACCUAAUACUCUGAAUAUUUAUAGAAUUUUUAGUAUUAGUUUCCAUUUGAAAAUUAAGAGUAAGUAGUGGUUUCACCUUUAAAAAAAAGAGAGACAAAAAAAUAAUAUUAUAUUUUAUAGCUACUUAUUUCUUAAAUGUUCUAAAAAACAAAUACCGAAAAAAGUUAAUACUUUCCGAGAUAAAGAGUGCUCUAUAUUAUAUUGAUCAUGUGUAUAUCUAUAAUAUCUACGCAUAUAAUUAUAUAUAAUACCUGCAUUUAAAUGCUAUAAAGUAUUUCUGAAGUCUUGGUAUUUUCUUUUACCCAUUCCUAAUUACCUUAUUAAAAACAAAAUUAACAUGUCAUAUUAUCCAUAUCCAUAAUGUAAAAAAAGAGCUGGUUCUGAGGAUGGGUGCGGUCAUUAUUAUAGGUGAGUAGUUUGGAAGGUAGGAUACAAAAAAUUAUUUAUUAUACCUGUAACUAACGAAAAAUGAUUAGGAGUGAGGUUCAGUUUUACAUGUUUUAAAUGGCCGUAACAUUUACGAUUUUCGUCAAAAUUUGAUUUUAAAAUUCGUAUAAAAAAUAUUUAACCACUAGGUGUGACUUAUAAUGAACCACAUGUUAAAUUUUCAAGCAUUUCUAUUUAGUAUAGCAAUUUUAUCCAUAGAGUACCUAUACCAAAUAAAACUUACGGAAAAACUGUCUUUAUUAACUAUCUUAUUUUUAUUUUAAAAUUAUAAAUUAUACCCAAAUAACCAAUAUAUAUAUAAACGAAUUCGGUGAAGGUGGGGAGAUUUUUAUCAGUAGGAGCUCGGGGCCGGGUUAGGUAUAUUCAUAAUAUAAAUAUUUCCACUGGAAAAGUAUAGAAUCAUUUAUAUAUUAUUAUUUAUGAAAUGGAUAAUUAUUAAAAUACGAUAAUAUAAAUAUAUUAUUUUCAUAUAAAAAAAAAAACAGAUACGAUCGUCGAUGGAAUUGUUUAAAGCGAGAAUUCCGGAAAUAUUAACUCUAGGAAAUUUAGGUCUGAAAGACCGUCAUUGGAAAGCGAUUUCGAAUGUCGUCAAUUUUCAUAUACAUUCCAAUCAAAAUUUAAAGUUAGAACAGAUUUUAAAUUUGAACCUCAGGAAGUUUACAGCCCAACUCGAAUUAAUCAGCGACGGAGCAACCAAAGAAAGUAAUCUGGAGAGGAAGUUAAAUGGUAUGAUGGGAGAAUGGCGAGAUAUCAACUUUUCCAUAUCAGACUACAAGUACCUUAGCAUUAAAUAUAAAAUAAUAUAAUAUAAACAAAUGUAUAAGUAGGUACAUCUAUACAAAAUAUUAUAAAUGUUUUAUGAAAAUAAUGCAAAUUUUACAUUAUAUAUAUACUUAGAUCCCUUUGAAUUUUUUUAGAUUCAGAGGGAAGAAUCUAUUGUUUUUCUUUCACUUCUUGAUGUUUUAAACUUUUAAUCGAAAAUAAUAAAAUUUAUAUGUUUGAAAAUACUCGCAGCUUGGCAUUAUUAUUAUUUUCAAACUCAUUAUUAUAUUUAUUUAUACGUUUAUUUAUUAUAAUGAAUAUUAUUUACAUUUUUUUUUAUUUUUCAAGGGAAGAGUAGACUCUCAAUUUUCAACUGAUUCUCUUAAAUAUUUUAUCUGAUCCAUCAAAUGUACGUCCCUUUUUAUAAAGUCUUUUCGUCUUUUUUACUGAGUACUAAGUCAAAUUUCGCUCUUACCAUAGAACUAUGUUUCCACUAAAUUGUAUGGUUUAUAACUGUCUUAUAUCAUUCUUAUCUUUAUAAUUUCUAUCAUAUUAAACAGACGUUGGGACCGUUCAAAAUGACUGGCCUCAUCAUGGUCAUACCAGGUGAUCCAUUUAAGUGAGUAUACUCAUUAUCUCGGAAAGUAUUAAAUUUUUUUAGAAUUUGUUUGCAAUUACAUUUAGGAAACAAGCAGCUCUACGAUUUUAUAAUUAAGUUAUUUUUUGUCACUUAUUUUUGGGGGUAAAAUCAAUAUCUACUUUUGAUUUUCAAAUAGCAAUCCAAAUUAUAAAUUCCAUAAAUUUAUGGAGUAUUAGUUAAAAUAAAUUUUAUUGUUAAAAUUUUUGAUUUCUGUCAGUUCGUUGUCUGUCAGUCUUUUAAGUUUGGAUUGGAGGAGAGUAGUGGAGUAUCAUUUGUGUGGCGGUACGGCGCGUGCCGUAUUAAUAAUGAAGUGGUAUAUCUCGUUUAAAAUUUAAAUAAUACUCGAUAUAUUUAUGGGAUUUUUAAUAUAGAUUGCCAUUUGAAAAUCAAAAGUCGGUAGUGAUUUUACCCUCGAAAAUAAUAGUGACAUAAAAUAACUUAUUUAUAAAAUUGGAAAGCUGUUUAUUUCUUAAAUGUUCUAAAAUAAAAUUCUGAAAAAAAGUUAAUACUCUCUAAAAUAACGAGUAUCCACUUAAAUGAAUCACCUGGUAUAUAACUUGUUAUUUUUACUCAAUUAAAUUGUAUAUUUUAGAGAUACCGGGACUUCCAUUUUAUCCGGUAUGGAUGAUGUACAAAUAUUACUAGACGAUCAUAUAUUGAAAACCGCUACAAUGAAAACGUCUCCAUUUGUUAAACCAUUUAAAAACCAAUUAAUGUAUAUUUUGUAUUAUUAUAAUUUAUCUUAUAGAAUGUUUAAGUUAAUGGAUAUUUUUUUUUGUUUUUAGAGAAUGGGAAGCUAAUUUAAAUUGUUUGAAUGAAAUAAUAGAUUUAUUGGUAAAUGUUCAACUUACGUGGAUGUACUUGGAGUCUAUAUUUUCGUCUCAGGAUAUACAGAAUCAAAUGCCAGAAGAAUCGCGAAAAUUUAACGCAGUUGACAAGGUAAAUAUGAAAAUUCAUGAUUUAAACAAGAAAUAAAACUCAAUUAAUGUAUUUUUAUUCAGAUUUGGAGAAAUUUAAUGAAAGAUAUUAAAAAAUCACCGAAUAUUGUAAAUUCGGUUAAUAUUGAAAAUAUUUUACAAAACUUAAAAAAAAGUAGAGAUUUUUUGGAAUUGGUACAGAAGGGCUUAAAUAAUUAUUUGGAGACAAAAAGACUGUAUUUUCCGAGAUUUUUUUUUUUAUCAAAUGACGAACUACUUGAAAUAUUAUCGGAGACCAAGGAUCCAAAAAAAGUACAACCUCAUUUGAAAAAAUGUUUUGAGGGCAUUGCUAGUCUCGUUUUUACCGAAAAAUUGGAGGUCUUGUCUAUGGUAUCCAGUGAAAAGGAAGUCGUGAAAUUAUCAAUAGAGAUAAACACAGCUAAGGCUAAAGGUCAAGUCGAGAAAUGGCUAGUAGAAUUGGAACAAUCGAUGAAAAUUACGGUCCGCGAGGUAAUCGGAAAAGCUUUGGUAGCUUAUCAACAAACUGCCAGGCAGGAAUGGGUAGUUCAAUGGCCCGGGCAAGUAGUGCUGGCCGUUUCAUCUACAUUCUGGACUACUGAAAUGAUAGAAGCGAUUAAACAACAUCCGAACGGGUUGUCAAAGUAUCUGGACAAAUGUAACGGGCAAAUCGGAAAAAUCAUAAAGUUGGUCCGGGGCGUGUUACCGGUUCAAACGCGAUUAACGUUAGGUAAAAAUAAAAAAAAAAAUGAAAAUAUUAUUGCACAUCGGUUUAUUAAAGUAAGAUAAAUAAUCAUAAAAUUCCUAAAAAAUAGAAGCCCUGAUCGUUAUCGAUGUGCACGCAAAAGAUGUUGUUGAAGAUCUGGCGAACAAAAACAUUCGAAAAACAAACGAUUUUGGAUGGAUUUCCCAAUUACGAUAUUAUUGGAUGGUAUAUAAAAACUAUAUUAGGACAUAUUCCGAAAUUCAGUUAUAUUUAAUCAUAAUAGUAGUAUACAUUUUAAAGCCUAAAAGUUUGAAAAUACGUUACUUUUUUCCAAUACACAAUGCUAUUAUCAUGUUAUUUCCACCAGAAUAAAUAUUUAUGUUAUCAUUUUUUUCUAAAUGAUGUUUCAUAGCAGUUUUAACGCGAUAUCUCAGAGAUGUUGCGUGUCGUGUCAUGUUCCUAUAUACAUAUUAUAUUAUGUUGAUUACACUAACAAAUUAAUUGAACAUUGCAACCUAAACAAGAAAAAGUUGAAAUCGAUUCAACUUUGGAUAUUUCUCGGUAGGUCUGAAUUUUACUAAAAUUACAAUGGCUAAUUAGAAUAUGACAAAAUGUACACAACACGACUCAUGAAAUUGGUUUCAUCAAAUAGGAAAAUUAGUAUUUAUUUCAUUACAAUUAACACUAAAAACGUAAUAUUGUAUUAAUCUAAAGCUCUAAACAAUGCUUACUCUGCUUUUUCUUAAUAACUUUAUAAAGUUAAGGACUUUAUAGAAAACUCAUGAUAAACGUGUAUACUUUACAAUCAUUUUAUAAUGGGAAAAUCCGAAUAUCAUAACAUUUCGCAGACCUGUGUCAUAUACGUUUACGUAGGUUUUUAUCAUAGAUAUAUUAAUAAAUUAACUGCGCUUAGAGAAGGAAAUGCGGUACAUAUAUUGAAUGAGGGCGAUAGUGCUAGUUAGGGGUAGCCAUGGAAUGAAUAAUUAGAUAUUUUAAUUUACACCCUGAAAUUAUUAUUAUUUAUUAGUUUAUCACAUCAAUUUAAUUUAUUACAAUGGAAAUAAUAACAAUCAAUUUCAUGGCGAAAUACAAAUUUAAAAGUAUUUCAUCCAUAGGUUGCCCCUUACAUCGCUAUUAUUCUAAACUCAAUAUCGUUCACGAACACCAUUGACGGGAGGUGAGGAAAGCACAGUCGAUUUAUUAAUAUGUCUAUGGUUUUUAUUUAUAGAUAUGUCUAUGUAUGUGUAUAUUAUAUGGUAUUCACAAUAGAUAAGCAAUGUUCGACGACUAUUAACUGGUAAAUAAUUUUAAACUAACUGGAAAAUUAAAUUAAACUAUAAAAAGCUAUAUUAAAAUAAUAGGGACGGGUGUAGUCCGUCUGUUGUUGGCGAAAAGUUGGGAAGGUAGGAUAUAGAGGGAAAAUUAAUUUAUAUCUAAGCAACGAUAAACCAUUGCUUACUAAAAACAAUUCUAAGGAGAGAUAUGUCAGUAUAAUUAUAUAAAAUAAUUAAAUAGGUAUUAUAUAUUUUGUUUAAUAAUAUUUGUUCGGUAUAAUAACCGAUUUUUCGAUUUUUCCCUUUUUCUUAUGUUCUUCCCGGUUUUCCCAUGUUUUUUCACGUUUGUCACAUUUGAUGAGAAAACUGCUGAGAAAAUCAAAAAAUGUCCUCUUUAAAGUACUGGUUCGUUGUGAUGGCCUAUCCGUUAUUUUUUUAUCUAUGAUGACAUAUUUUGGAACUUUCAUAUCACUACUCACGACGUCACUUGAAAAUCUCUUUUAUUUGUUUUUUUUUUUUUUAAUUUAUGCCAGAAAUAAGUUGUCAAUCAUAUCGGGUAACAUAUUAGUUAUAUGUUGCAAUUUUAUAAUCAUGUUUCAUUAUCCAACAUAAUCUUACUGUUUUAGUAACAACCUUCCAUCAGAUCACCCAUUAAUUGAAUUGCCUUUGUUUUAUUUUAUUAUAUUUAUAUGUUGACGACGGAUACACACGGUUUAUGUGUUUUAAAUUUAGGAAGAAAAUAUGGUAACGUUCAUGAUAAACGCUUCGUUAGCUUAUGGCUAUGAAUACCUGGGAAAUUCGUCGAGAUUAGUGAUCACACCGCUCACCGACCGGUGUUACCGUACGCUGUUUUGCGCUCUGCAGCUGAAUUUGGGUGGUGCGCCAGAAGGACCGGCCGGUACCGGUAAAACAGAAACUACCAAAGACUUGGCUAAAGCCGUGGCAAAACAAUGUGUGGUUUUCAACUGUUCGGAUAGCAUGGACUACAUCGGUCUCGGGAAAUUUUUCAAAGUAAUCCUAAAGAUAGAAUGAUUUAUACAAGUUAACUAUUUCUUUUUUGUAUGCAGGGUCUACUCUCAUGCGGGGCGUGGGCAUGUUUCGACGAAUUCAACCGGAUCGAUUUAGAAGUCCUUUCGGUAGUCGCCCAACAAAUAUUGUCUAUUCAACGUGGUAUACAGAGUGGUCAGACGAAACUGUUUUUCGAAGGGUCAAACUUAACACUGGACCCUACAUGCGCCGUAUUCAUAACGAUGAAUCCAGGUUAUGCUGGACGUUCAGAAUUGCCGGACAAUUUGAAAGUAAUUAUUUAACUCAACCUAUAUUCCGUAUCAGUAAUCUGUAAUAAAUAAUCCGGAAUAUAAUAUUAAUAAUUAACAAUAAUUUGGACUGUACGAACCCGGAACAUAAAUCCCAGAUUAUCCGAAUUGUAACUUCCAGGAACAAAAUGGUCUAGCAUUGCACUUUUCCAAAACGUGAUAUUUCAGAAAAAUACCAUUAUGGUCUCUAAAAUAUUUGCACGAGUAUGAAAUUAAGGUACCAAACUCAGAGAAUAGAAAAAUAUUGGAUGAAUUUUAGUUUCAUUUUAUUACGUGUUUACAGAAAAACUAAAAUUAUAUAAAUAGAUGUCAAUGUAAAACUAUAGAGUACCUGACUUUCUCAAAGGUUAUCUACUUAUCAUAAUAUAAUAAAAUUUGGGAACCGUUAGUUUUAAUUUUAUUCCGGAAUUUCAAACUUCGGGAUAUUAUUGUCCGAGGUUUUACGUUCCAAAUUAUUUUUAUGUUCUGGAUUAAUAGAGCCCGGAUAUUACAGUCCUAAAUAUUAAAUUCCGAAUUAUUGUGUUCCGGAGUUUUUAUCAUUCCAAAAAUUUUAGCUAUUACAAUCUUUGAUUGAAUCAAAUGUCAAGUAAUUUAUUUGCUAAUUUUCUUUCGGACACACAAAUUAGAAAACGGUUUGAUUUACUAAAUUUUCGUUCUAUUUUAAGCUAGUUAUUGUCGAAUUUCCUCGGAAAUAAAGACUAUUGUUCUGUAAUGUGCCAGAAAUUGCUUUUUUAGCUUUGGACCUACCCAUCUACAGACACUCACAUGAAGCUAAAGUAUCUAAUUUUGUAUAUAUUGCAUUAGUGUCAACAGUGUCUUUUAGGGAUUCAAAUUUUCAAUCCUCUCCGUCACCGUUAUCAUGCUAAAUUAUAAGAUUUUGUUUUAUUUGAAUUAAUAUAAUUGUAAAAUAUACAAUAUUUUAUUAUUAUACUCUACGGUUAUUUACUAUUUUGUAAAUGAUAUUUCAAUAAUACAUAAUAGGCAGAGAAAAAUUCUAUUUAAGUGACUUAAGUGGUAGCUGUUCAUGGUUAGUGUUUAUGAAUAAUGUUUGUUGUCUUUUAUUCCAGGCGUUGUUUCGUUCGGUCGCCAUGAUGGUACCUGAUUACGCUUUGAUAUCCGAAAUAGUUUUGUACUCGCAAGGAUUUAGUUUAGCCCGUUCGCUAUCGGUAAAAAUCGUAGCCACGUACAAAUUGUGCUCCGAACAACUUUCGUCGCAAAACCAUUAUGAUUACGGUCUAUAAUAUUUAAUUAUAAUGAAAUAUUAAUACUCUAUAAACAUUUAAAAGAUAUAUUGUAUAUAAACUAAUAUUUCACAGGAAUGAGAGCCGUUAAAACCGUGUUAACGGCAGCCGGUAAUCUUAAACUAAAAUAUCCUGACGAAGAUGAAAAUAUACUCAUGUUACGUUCCAUCAAUGACGUUAAUUUACCGAAAUUUCUCAAACACGACGUUCCGUUGUUUAAAGUGAGAAUACAUUAUUAAUAGAAUAAAAUUAUUUCGUGUUAAUAAUAAUGAAACUAUAAAUUAAUUAUAUAUUUGUACCUAAUUUUUUUUUAAGGGAUUAACUUCGGAUUUAUUCCCUGGUAUUGUGUUGCCAACACCAGACUAUCAGAUUUUAAACGAUGCAAUAGAAAAAUCUUGCAAAAAAUUAAACCUCCAAUGCACUCCAUUCUUUUUGACCAAAAUUCAACAAAUUUACGAAAUGAUGAUCGUCAGACACGGAUUUAUGAUUGUGGGUAUGCCGUUUAGCGGCAAAACAUGUGCUUAUAAAGUGCUCAGUGAAGCAUUAAAAACUAUUGAAGAGAAAGUUAGUAAAUUCAAAUACAGGGUGCAUACAAUUUUAUGAUAAUAACUCUAACAAUAUUCAUUUUUUUUUUUCAUUUGGGUUUUGUGCAAGGAGGACAUAUAUAAAGACGAAAGUUAAAUUUGUAUUUUCAUGCCUUAAUCACUAAAAAAAAAAAAAUGUAUAUACAAUUUUUUAAUUUAUUUAUAUGGCCAUUUUGUAAAAUAUAUUAUUAUAAACGUUUUAAUGUAAUAGAGAUUCUUAUCGGACUAAUAGUUUUUUAGUUACACCUAUAGUAGUUUUAGUGCAUAGAAAAUAAGCGUAAAAACAAUUAAUAGAGAAUAAGGAAUUAUUGUACUGAUUUUCAAAACAUGAUAAAAUAAAGUUAUUUAUUUUCAAUAAUAAGGGAUGACAUUUAAAAAAAAAUGAAUAUUGGCAGAAUUACACUGUAGGAUAACACUGUAGGUCACCCUGUGUAUAGUAAUAUUAACAACGUUUUAAUUUUUUUUCCUGUCUUUUAUUCAAUCCGUUUGAACUGGUUUUAAUAAAUGUUAUAAGUAUUAUAAUAAAUAUUGUAGAUUUCGAAUGUAGAAUUGUUUCUUUGCUUUCUCUCUAAUUCUCUCUCUCUCUCUCUCUCUCUAUUCAAUUUGACCAUAGUUUGUUGUAUCUUACACGUUUAUAGAAUUAUUUUUAAACAUGACGUCUAUUUGAAUGUUAUAUAGAAAUUAAUGAAUGAACACAAAGUUGAAAUUAUGGUUAUCAAUCCGAAGUCCAUAACGUUGGGUCAACUUUACGGGCAGUUUGAUUUGAUAUCGCACGAAUGGUCGGACGGUAUUUUGGCCGUCGGAUUUAGAAAAUUUGCAUCAUCCGAUAAUCUAAAUAGGAAAUGGUUGAUUUUCGAUGGGCCGGUAGACGCGAUAUGGAUCGAGAGUAUGAACACUGUGUUGGACGACAACAAGAAAUUGUGUUUAAUAUCUGGAGAAAUAAUACAGCUAGCCAACACGACUAAUUUGAUUUUCGAACCCAUGGACUUGGAUGUAGCGUCUCCGGCAACUGUAAGUAACAAAAGCAAUAUUUUUUUAUAUAUUAUUUUGGUUUUAACCACCAUUAAAGAUAUACUGGUUACGCAGUGAACUAUGACAAGAAUAUAAAAUGUGGUUCCCGAAAUGUUUAAGAAAAGAUAACAAGCGUUUAUUAUAUUAUCACCACAUUUUAUGAUAUCGGGGUUCGUAUCAAACGAAUUCGUGAAUUUUUUUUACUGCUACUAUAGAGCGCAUCGUAAUACAUUGCUUAUCAGUCAAAAGUUGAAGACACUACAGAAGUCUCGUCUCAUUGCGUAACUAGUAUACUUUUAAUCGUGGUUUUAACUAUAAUGUGUUUUUUUUCUGUCUAUAAACAAGUCUUUUUCCAAACAUGAUGCACCGAUUAUUAACUUUAGUGGUAGUUUUUGGUUUUUAAAUUUUAUCUCACGUUUUAUCUAAUUGGUUUACUAAAUAGAUUUUUCAUGUUGUUUUCUAAAUAAUUGAAUAUAAUGUAGAAAAAAUAUUACCACUUUAAAAACUUGGUCCAAUUUUCAAAAUAUUCUGAUGAUUUUUGAACUAUUUAUUUUAUUUUUAAAUUUUAAGUUUAUACUUAGUAUCUCCGUUCCAUAUAAGAAUGCAUCGCUCGGCGUAUCCAAAUUUAUCUCGGAGUGACGUCCUGCCACCUUGGCUGAAUCUAUUAACUCUACGAUCGGUCGCAGUUAUAUGGCUACGCGAGUUUUGACCGAAUAUUAUCCGCCGUCCGGUGCGUUCUUAUUUAGAAUGGAGUAUAGAUGCAAUUUGAUUUAUUAUUUGCUUACGUGCUUUGUCAUAUUAAAGGUUUCUAGGUGUGGCAUGAUUUUCAUGGAAUCUGUUUCUUUGGGCUGGGAAUGCCUCGUACAGUCAUGGAUAAACCAACAAUCACCGUAUUUAUCCACAACAUCCAUUCAAAUACUAGAGAAUCUUGUCAUACGGUUUGCUCGGCCGAUAUUGUUCAUGUUGAGACGUUGCAAUAUGACCGUAUGCGUCCUAUAUAAAGUUGAUAAAAUUAUAAUAAUUAAAGAACUUGUUAGUCUUAAAUGUAUUUUAUAUUUUAGGAAGUAUUUCCCACUAGUGAUUCAAACUUAGUCAGAUCGUUUACAAACAUUUGUGAUACUUUUAUGAAACCAUACUCCAAUGAAGAGUAUAUGAAAACGGUUUUACAGAGUGAUGUCAGAGCGCAGAUUGAAGUAUUAUAUAUAUUACCUAUUAUCUACUUUUAUUUUAAAUAUAAUUGUAUGAUAUUUAUGUGCUUUUCUACAGUGCAUAUGUUUUUUUUCGGCUAUUUGGUCGAUGGGAGCCGCUUUGGAUUUGAAAAGUCGAAUUAAAUUCAAUUUAAUGUGUCGGGCAUUACAGAAGGAUAAAUUUCCCAAAAAAGUCGCCCGGGCGUUAAACAUACCUGUUGAAUUGUGCCCGUCACCGACCAAAUCGUAUUCAAAUCCGAUUCCCAAAGAAGGUUUGGUCUAUGAUUAUUAUUAUGUUCUCGUAGACAAAGGCAAAGGACAGUGGAAACCGUGGACCGAUUUCGUAGAAGAAGAACCGCCUAUACCAAAAGACGUGCCCUUCAACGAAAUCAUAGUGCCCACCGUGGACACAGUAAGAAACCAGAUACUAAUGGCCAUGCUGUUGGAACACAAUAAACCAAUGAUGAUGGUGGGCAAGACCGGAACCGGGAAAUCUGCGUAUACUAUGGUACCUAUGACGGUUUUAAUCGAUAGUGUUUUUCAGUAUAAACUGGUAUUUAAACUAUAUUUGGUAAAAUUGGUGCGUUUUUCUGUGUCGUAGAAUUAUAUUUUUACAAAACUCGAUCGGAACGUUAACUGGCCAUCGUUCGUAAACUUUUCUGCCCAGACUUCGGCCAACGUCACGCAGGACAUAAUCAUGGGUAAACUCAACAAAAGGCGACGUGGAGUGUUCGGCCCGCCUAUCGGUACAAAGUGUGUGAUAUUUAUCGACGACGUGAGCAUGCCACAAAAGGAAUAUUACGGUGCUCAGCCACCGAUCGAACUCUUGCGACAGUAUCUAGACAAAUUCCCGUGGUACGACCGAAAAGAGCUGGCGGCUAUAAACAUCCAAGACGUCUUGUUGUUGUGCGCUAUGGGUCCACCGUCGUCCGGAAACACCGUCACCCCUAGAUUCAGUCGUCAUUUUAACAUUCUCGUAAUAAACUCGUUUGACGAUCCGACAAUGGUCUCGAUAUUUAGCAGCAUUUUAUUUUGGCAUUUAGAAAACAAGUGAGAGUUAUAAAUAUAUAAUUUUUUGAAAAAUUCAACUAUAUAAACAUGUUAAUUGAAUUUUAUCUUUUUUUCAUUAUUGUGCAGAGGGUUCAACAAAAAUUUUCAACCGUGUGUUCAACAGUUGAUCGAUUCUACGUUGGAUCUGCACACAAAAAGCAUAGGAUAUUUGUUACCGACUCCAGAAAAAUCUCAUUAUUUGUUCAAUUUAAGAGAUUUUUCCAAACUCAUACAAGUCAGUUAUUUAAAUAUACCAUACUAGUAUGCGUCUUAUUUGUUUAUAAUUGUUUUAUUAUUUUUUUUUUACUAGGGGAUUUUGUUUUCUAUCCCCUCAACUAUUCACGAUGUCAUUUCUAUGAAACGUCUCUGGGUACAUGAAAUCUUACGAGUAUAUUACGACCGUUUAGUUGACGAUUCAGAUCGCUUAUGGUUUUUCGAUAAUUUAUGUUUUUCGUGUAAGGAAUUUCUCGGCGAAGACAUAAACAAAAUGUUUCAAUAUCUGACCACAAAGGAAAAUAAUAAUAUAGUAAAAAUAAAACUGAUCGAUAGCAUCGAAUAAUUUAAUAUUAAAUGUGUUAUGUAUUAACAAUUAGGUGAGCCAAACUGAAUUACGCCAAUUAAUUUAUUGUGACUUCUCUGACCCGAAUGCUAUAAAUAAAAGUUAUAAAGAAGUACGCGAUUUAGACAGCCUUCGAGAGACCGUUGAACAAUUCCUCGACGAAUUUAAUUCAAUAAGCAAAAAACCUAUGCAGUUGGUUAUUUUUAGAUUUGCUCUUGAACAUCUCUCGCGAAUUUCUCGUAUCAUAAAUCAACCACGAGGACACGCAUUACUUAUUGGUUUAGGAGGAUCGGGUCGUCAGUCGCUAACGAGGCUCGCUGCACAUAUUUCGCAAUUUGAACUAUUUCAAGUAUCAAAAAACAAUUUGUCUACCCCUACUGAAUUAUUUAAAAACGUAUAAAUUAUCCAGAUUCAAAUGACAAGCUUGUAUGGAAUGAACGAAUGGCACGAAGAUCUGAAAGAUGUAUUUAAACGAGUCACUAUUACGUUUGACCAAAACAUCGUUUUCUUGUUCACAGAUUCUGAAGUGAGUACAAUUUAUAAUAAUACACAAUCAUAACAUAACUAUAUAACAUCGGUACAUGAUAACAAUAAAAUAUUAUGUUUUAUUUAAACUAUUUAUAUUUUAUCACAUUCUAAAAAAAAUUGCAUUCUAACUGGAAUUAAAAAUAAUUUUAGUUUAAAAAAAAAACCAUAGAAUAAUGGGGACGGAUGCAGCCACUGUUAUAGAUAAUUCAAUGAAUACCUAUAAGCAAUGAUAAACAAUUGCUUACGAAAAAACGAUUCUGAGUGGAGUUCAGUUGAUGAUGAUGUUUUGUCAAUAAUAUAUAUGUUAUUUUAUAGUAAAAUAAUUAAAUAGGCUUUAUAUAUUUUCUUUAAUAAUAUUUGUUUAAUGUUGUACCGAUUUUCCCAAUUUUUCUACGUUUUCCCAUGUUUUACCCCAGUUUUUCACAUUUGCUGGGAAAACUGAAAAAAUCCAAAAAUAACCUUUCCAAAUGGGCCUUAGGUAAAAAGGCCUUUACCCGCCUAGUAAAAUUUCCUUUAAAAAAUAUUGGUAUUAAGAUAAGCUGGAGUAAAAUUGCUCGUGAAAAAUUUGUUAACAGAUAAAAAAAAAAUAAACAUUUUUGUAACACAAUACGCUUCUUCGCUCCAUUCAGAAUCUAAAAGUAUAUAUGUAAGUAAAGUAUCUAUAGGUUAUAUUUAUAACUCAUGUGACGGUGUCCAUAGCACAUUUUUUAAAAUAAUUUUAAGAAUUAUCUUUACGUUGUAGAUCGCGUAGAUAACAAACAUCGGAGGGACGGUGCUGUACAUUUAAUAUAUUUUAUAUUUUGUUUGUUUUUAUUUUUUCGUGACUCGUAGAUAAAUAAAAAUAUAAUUUUAAAUAAAGUUAUGUUUUAAUUUUUAAUUGGAAAUAUGGAACAUGUGUGUAAAAUAUGGGACAAAAAGAGGGGCCUAUAUGCCACUACCUUCGGGCCCAAAUUUUUUUUCCAUGACCCUGCGUACAUAUAUACUUUAAAUUCUCCUCCAUAUUUUACCAUAAAUAUAUUAUGAUACAACUAAAGUAUUGUUUGUUUAUUCAUUAGCAUCACUGAAUCUUUUACUCUGUGCAUGGUUUUUGGCGUUAAUGUUGUAGCUUCUUUAAUUAUUUUUGUUCCUGUUAUUUUACCGGAACUUUUGCAAUCUCGUACAAGUACUACAUACUAUUCCUGAAAUUGUGCUCCCAGGUGCAAAAUAUUUAACUUUUCUUUUUUUAAAACGUUCACAACUGUCAGCAAAUAGUUUUUUUCGGACCUUCAUGACCGGCACUAGUUGAUGGUGUUGUGUAGUUUCAAUUUCUAUAAAUACAUUAAAAUUUCACUCUAGCCAUUAUUUGUUUACUAAUUGAAAUGUCGUUAAACUCUUGCCAGCACUAUUACACUUCUAUAAAAUAAGUUUUAAUUAAAAUAAAAUAAAUAUAGUAAAUAAGUAUAUAAAUACAAAAUGUAUAGAUAGAAAUAAAAAUAAAUACAUUUAAAUUUAUAUAUUUAUUUACGAGUAUUAACCAUUUUAAUAAAUAUGUUUUUGCUUUAUUAUUUUAUUAAAAUAAAAUAGUUUUGUUGCUUGGUUAUAUUGUAAAUUAAAAUUUUUUUCUAGUUUUUAUGUAGAAAUACAAUGGUUUUAAAAUAUAAAAAGUCCUAAAAUAAUAUAAGACGUAACUUGCCACAACCAAACUUUAUAAUAUCAAUAUAAAGUUAAUAUAGAAAACACUACCUUCAAACCUCUAAUAUCCCCUAUUUUUCUUUCCAUGUCCAUUAAUAAAAUACAUUUUGCUAAUUUUAUGAUAUUUUUUUAUGUAAAUUUAAAUUGUACAUGCAAAACUUAACUAAAAGAAAAAUACGGAUAUACUUCGGACCAUGGUAGGCCACUGUUGUAACAGCCUUGGAAGGUAGGAUAUAGAGGGAGUUAUUAAUUUUACAAUUAGUUAGGUCACUAAAUGCUAAUUGCUUAAUUGCAAAAAAACCGUUCUGCAAACUGUUGCUUCUGUAAUCUAUAGGUUUUGUAAAGUUAUAGUUGUUGAGCAUAUUACGUUGCAUAAAAGUAUUUCAUUAUUUGUAUUUGAUACCUAUGGCUAUAAUCAGUUGCUCAGUUAUCAGUAUAAAUAUUUUAAAUAUUUUAUGUAAAUAUUAAAAAUUAUUUAUAUAUCUGUAAUUUCAAGUUUGUUGUUACUUUAUUAAGAUAUUUUGUCAAUAUGGUAAAUGAUAUUAAAAUAGGUAAAAACUUCACCGAGACAGAAAAAUGUCUUUUGUUCGAUUUAGUUUUACCACAUAAACGGAUUAUUUUCGAUGGGAUUUGAUCGAUUCCUAAAUUGCCUCGACCUUGGCACAUUAAUAAUAAUUUCAAAUAAAAUAUCACCAGACUCAUAUGAUGAAGAUGAGGAUGAUUUUACUGACAUUUUUAUUGUAAAAUUCGGAAUAAAUAUAUUACUAAAUAGUCGCACAGAAUAAAGUCAUAUGCAUUAACGAGAAAAUUAAAUAACGUUUUGGUCGUAAUAAAAAAAAUUACAAUAAUAUUACCCAAAUCAUAAGGUUAAACCAAUCUAAACAUUUGACUAAACCUAAAUCAGCUCAAUAAUUAAUACAUUUAAUAACUAUAUUUUUAAUAACAGCUAUCAAAUUUACGGAACUGUUUCUAAUUUUUUAGAAAAUUAUCAGUUAUCAGUUUUGGGGGUCUAUUUUCAAAGGUAUAGAAUCUGAUAAUCGAAAAACAUAGUUCGAUUGACAAUAUUCGAUCGUAAAUAUCGAUUCGAGUAGAAAUUUUUGAUCAAUCGUAUUCUUAAACAAUUAUCGAAUCGAAUAAAUUACUUUUGACACUCUUUUCGACUAUCGAAUAAAAUCAUAUUUUCCACGAUAUUUUAAAUUGUUAUCAUUAAAAUUAAUGAUAACAAAAUUUGAAUGUUAACCAUGGCCUAAUAUAUAAUUAUUAUUAAUAAUUAGGUACCUAUAAUGUGUUUAAUGUUAGGUCUUCAUUGAAAAUAUAUAAGAAGGUAUACCUUAUACUUAAAUUAAAUUAUUCUAACACAAUGACUUUAAAGAAAAGCAAAGAAAGGUCUGUAACAAUGGCACAGAAAGAAACACUCGUUGAGUUUAUGGAAAACAAUAUUGAACUAAAAAAAGGUAAAUUUACUUCCAGCUUUACUCACAAAAAAACCUAAAAUAUAUGGGAACAAAUAACACAGCUUUUAAAUUCUAUGAUUGAUGCUAACAAAACCAUAAGUAUGUUGGUAACUAAAUUUUUAUUUGCAAAUAAUAUUAUAGAUAUGUUUUAGAAUAUGAUAUACCUUAUAAGUUGGUAAGUACUAGCAUAGUAUAAUUCAAAAAGAUUAUUACCAACAAAUGGAUCUUCUCCUUAUAAAAUACGCCUUGGUUCGUUUCAGUAAUAUUAAAUAUUUCGAUAUUAUUUAACAUAUUAUAAUCUUCCAAGUCAUUGUCAAAUAAAAUAGUUAUAAAUUAUAAAUAUUAACAAAUUUAAGUUUAAACGGAAAAAUUAUGAUAUACGUAAAUUAAUAAAUAUUUAGAUUAUAUUAUUAUACGUAAUAAUGAUAAGUGACAAUUAUCUAAAAGAGUUUUCGAUACCUAAUGCACUGUCGUUGUAAAUUAUUGAACACUAUCGAACUAGUAAUCGAAAACAAUUACAUUUUGAGAAUAGUGUUUUUGUUAUCAAUCGAAACCCGGGUUGUUUUCGACCGGUUUUUGAUCGAAAGGCUGGUUAGGUUAGGUUUAAGAAUGGUUUAAGAAUAGACCUCCUGUAUAGUUUUAUGCAACCCAGCAUCAGAGUUUAAAACAGUAUUAAAUAAAUAUAUGUACAAAUAUGUACGGUGUUAUAGAUAAAAGAUGAAGGAAUGGUCGAAGAUAUAAACAAUUUACUAAAUUCUGGAGAAGUACCAAACUUAUUUAUGCCGGACGAAAAAAUCGAGAUCUGUGAAAAAAUGCGUAACCUAGAUAAACAACGUGAUAAAACUAUUCAAGUAUUUAAUUUAUUUGUGUAUAAAUAAUUGAAUUUUUGUACAUUUUCUUAAAAUUUGGAAGUUUAAUUAGACUGAUGGUAGUACGACCGCGUUGUUUAAUUUAUUUAUUCAAAUUGUGAGAGAUCAACUGCACAUAUCGUUGGCAUUCAGUCCGAUCGGCAAUGGGCUUAGGACAAGAAUAAGAAAAUUUCCAUCACUCGUGCAAUGUUGUACCAUAGAUUGGUUUCAGGUAAAUCGUAACAAUUCUAGAUUCUUUAAAUCAACUAAUAAAUAUCUAUUGUGUAUUUUAGAGUUGGCCAUCAGACGCUUUAACGGCAGUGGCUACACAUUUUUUAAGUGAUGUUGAAUUAACAGAUCACGAACGUAAUGUUAGUAUUAUAAUGUGUCAACAUUUCCAUUUAACAACUCAGAACUUAUCGCUAGAAUUUGAUACCCAACUAAAGCGUAAAACAUAUAUAACACCCACUUCUUACUUAGAAAUGAUUUCUACAUUUAAAGAUGUUUUGAGUAAAAAACGAGAGUGAGUAAAUACCUGUUCUAUGUGUCCACAAUGUUGUAAAUUUUAAUAUUAUUUUACUAUGCUUCACUGUUAUUUAUUUUAUAGAGAAAUUCUCACUGCAAAACGUCGAUAUGAAGUAGGACUAGAAAAACUGCAAAAUGCUGCCGACGACAUUGCAAUUAUGCAAACAGAAUUGACGUAUUUAGAGCCAGAAAUUAAAAGCGCUGCUGUAAAAGUAAAAAUUAUUAUGGAAAAAAUCGAAAAAGAAAACAUUGAAGUAUCAAAAGUAAAACACAAUAUUGAAAAAGACGAAGAAAAGGCAAUGGUAACUGCAGCCGAAGCACAAGGAAUUAAGGACGAAUGCGAAGCUCACAUGUUAGCUGCAAAACCCGCUAUGGAUGCCGCAUUGGCAGCGUUAAAUACAGUAACUUCCCAAGAUAUUACAUUUGUAAAAUCCAUGAAAAAUCCUCCUAAGGCAGUUAAAUUGGUUAUGGAAGCUAUUUGUACCAUCAGAGACAUAAAACCCGAUAAAGUUCCCGAUAAAUCUACCGGAAAAAUGGUAGAAGACUAUUGGGGACCAUCAAAAAAGUUACUUAACGACAUCAAAUUUUUAGAGCAACUCAUUAAUUUUGAUAAAGAUAAUAUACCAAGUAGAGUUAUGAAAGUCAUCAACGAAAAAUACAUUACCGACCCCGAAUUUGAUCCGAACAAAGUUAAAAAUGCUUCGAUUGCCGCACAAGGUUUAUGCAAAUGGGUAAUAGCGAUGUCUAGUUACGACAUAGUCGCCAAAGAGAUAGCGCCGAAAAGAAUUGCUUUAAUAGAAGCAGAAACGAUGUUUAACGACGCAAUGGAAGCGCUAAAUGAAAAAAGAACGCAACUUCGUGCGGUAGAAUUGAAACUAAAACUCGUGCAAGAUAGUCUGGAUGAGAACCAACGCGAAAUGACCCUGUUACAAAAUAAGGCUGACGGUGUACAAAUAAAAAUGAAACGAGCUAACGAAUUAAUUGGUGGAUUAGGAGGCGAAAAACAACGCUGGGGAAACACGGCCUUAGAUCUAGGAGAACGUUACUUGAAUCUAACCGGUAUAUAUUAUAAUAAUAUUUUAAAGUCUUUAUAAUAGCUAAUAACCAAUAAUUACUAAUAAUUUAUGUUUCGUUCCAGGAGAUUUGUUGGUGAGCUCCGGUAUUAUCGCGUAUUUAGGUCCAUUCACCAUGGACUAUAGGAGCAACCAGAUCAAAAGUUGGGUUGUUGAAAUGCAAAAAAAUAAAAUUGUUUGUACCAAAGAUUUUCAAUUGAGCGCAGUACUCGGUAAACCAGUAGAAAUUAGAGCUUGGAAUGUAGCUGGAUUACCGACUGAUUUAUUUUCAAUAGAUAACGGCAUUAUUGUCACGUAAGUAAAUCAUCGCAUAUUUCGAUUAUUAUCAUUUUAUAAUAAUGUUGUCGUGUCGAAAUAGAGAUAGGCUAUAGAGGCCAUUGAAAGCGGUAUCGCAAUAGCUAUUUUAUUUAUUAAAAACUCCGCAAUGGGGAGAUGAAAAAUCUUUUAAAAGUCAGAUUGUCUAUUAAUGGGGGUUAAUGUAUUGAUAAUUACCCAAUUCAUAAAAAACAAUGGGUUCUAAAACAAAACACAACAAAAAAAGACUGUGUGGAAUACCAAUGAAAGGCUUAAUGGUCUUUGAAGCUGAAUAUAGAUCGAUUUCUAUUGUGUAUAUUAUUACAUUAAUUUCAGAAAAUUGUUUUCAGAAACGCUAGGCGAUCGGCAUUGAUGAUUGAUCCCCAAGGACAAGCCAACAAAUGGAUAAAAACAAUGGAAAUGGAAAACUCGUUGCACAUAAUUCGUUUUAAUUUGCCCAACUACAUUUCCCAGCUAGAACAUGCCAUCACCAAUGGCCAACCCGUAUUUAUAAUAAUAUUAAGGACAAAAGCCGAAAUUGGGCAAAUCUCAGUGUACACGAUACUUGGGCAAAACGUCAUAUUUUGACUUUGCCUGGUUACAUAUUAACAUUAUAUAGUAGAUUUUGGCUCUUGCUAACUGAUUGUGCUCUCUGAUUGGUUGAUUUAAAUCACCGCGCAAAAUUAUUAUUUUUAUCGUGUAGUAUGUCUCCUUAUCUACCAAAUACAAUAAUAAUAUAUUCAAUAUUAUAGUAAUUAGUUUUGACUGUUAAGUAUUGGGUCAGAAAAUCGUGAAAAUAUGUCACGUAUAACUUAUAUGUGUUAUAUCAUUAUAGCAAAUUUACUAUUUAGAACUUUGGGCAAUGAUAAUAGAUAUCUAAACAAUUGCUAAAAAAUACUUUAUACAUGAAAUUCUAUUUUAAUUCAUAGUUUAUUAAUUAUACAUAGUUACCUAUUUACCUAUAUAGGUAAUUCUUAUUUUUGUACAUCAGCUAGGUAAAUAUUAAAACAAUAUUAUGGAAUUGUGUAAUAACUAAUAAUACACGAAAGGUUCCUAAAAGGAUAUAAUAGAUACAACAAACUAUUCAGAUAUAAGUCUAUCUUCUACAAUAUUAUAAUAAUAAUUAUUAAAAUGACAUACUUAUACUCAUACUUUAAACCAAAAGUAUGAAUUGAUUAAUAUUCAAUCGAACCACGAUUUAUAUAAAACCGUGCAAACUUAUAGACCAUGGAUUAAGACAGCUAACUAUAUUAAUCCGUGGUAUAGACUUAGUUUGAAAGAGAAUCAUACUCUGUCAGUAUUAGGUUCAGUGGGAUAUUCACUAUAAAGACCUACAUUUUAAACUUAACUCCCGAUCUUCUCUCUUGUGGGACAGACUAUACGAUAUUAUUAUUGCUUUUUGUUUACGGUUUUAUAGUGAAGAUAUAAAUUAAAAGCUCACGUACCUUUAAUGUACAUAUUUUUAAUUAGCGUACACUCAAUCAACGAAUUUGCUUAUAUGUAUACGCAUAAAUCCGAAAAUAGGGAUCUGGGUAUACAUAGUAUAUUCGCGUAUACACACCAAUACACCACUGGUUUAAUUCCGGAAUUAUAUGUGCUUUUUUUUUUUUUAGAAUUGAUAGAAUCUUAAUCCUUCAUUUCACUUUCUGGUCUGAUUUCUUUCAUCCAGACAUAAUUAAUUUUCUCAAUGUCCUAGUUGGCUUGCUAAACACUCCCUUGGAUUUGAGAAUGACGCUACUUCCCGUAAACUAUUAAGCCAUUCCACAGCAGAACUAAAUCAUGUAUAAUAGGUACGAUUUAGAAACACCACUACUAUUGCUUGAUUGUAAUAUGCUCCGUACGGAGCUUUGAAUAUAUAAAAAGUAUUUAUGAUAUUGUAUACGACUUCACUUGCAGUUUUUGUUUUUAACGUUAGAGUUUCGAGUUAUUAUAUUAUAUUGAUUUUAUUAUUAUACCAAUUUAUUUAACCAUAUAUAACUAUAUAUUGGAACAAUAAUUUUUAUUUUAUGGUUAUUUAUGUGUAAUAUUGAAAAAAAAUAUUGUACCUGCCUACUAUGAAAAAUUGAAUUUUAUGGACGUUUGAGUUUUACCCAAAUGAGGUUGGUCAUUACUAACAUAGUCUAGGCAAAAUGAGAAAUAUGACGUUUUGCCAGUGCAUUUCUGAAAUUUGCCUGAUUUCGGCUUUUGUCCGUGAAAAUAAUAUGACCAUAUAGAAAUACAUAUCGAACAAAUAUAAGAGGUUGAGAUUUUAUAAUUUAUACAAUUUUAAAAGCCAUUUAUUGUUCACUGUUGAGGUCAAUAUUAGAAUAAAUUUACUGUCAUUACAAGUCAGGGGUCAUACACGUCGAAAAAUUCUGUAAUAUUCGAACGAGUCCAGAGCAAAUUUUCAAAUUAUAUUAAUUAAAUUAUACAUAUUGAACGUCCACAGAUGUUUAUGUGCCUGUCCACCAAUUUUUUGAGCUGGACACAUUGGGCGUGAAAAUUAUCUCAGUUUAUUCAACCAAACUUCACGAACUUAUACGGACAAAUUGAUUUUCCCUAAUUGCGAAAAUGCCUUUUAGAGUUUCUCCCUAUUCUUCCUGUCAAUCAGUUCCCUCUUAGCUACCAUGACAAAUCAUGGUCUUAAUUAACCGUUAUUCCCCUACAUCUUUAUUGUAAAUUAUUAUUGUUUUCAUAAUGUUAUACUACUGUUAGUUGAAGGUACUUAUAGUAAACAGGACUAUAAAAUUCUAAAACAUACUAUAAAUAUAGUUAUAGGUUUUUGUAUAAAUUUGUUUUUAUGAUGCUUAAAAAUUAAUCGAACAAGCAGAAAUUCGUUUCGUGAUAUAUAAAGAAUUAGAAUUCAAAAUUGUAUUUUGCAUUUUAGAUUUCGAGUGUAGCGAGCGAGAUAUUGGUUUUACAAUGCUAUUUAUUUUUUUCUUUCUUUCUUAUAGUCUGUGGACACGUUUUUUCCUAGUAAACUUGCUCCGAUGUAUAAGCGUAGAAACUUUUCUGAAAGCUUAAGUUUACUUUAUUGUACUUUAAGGAAGUCGUUUUUUUUUUUAUUUUUGACGCCAUUUUUUAAAUAAAAGCACUUAAGUAGGAAAAAAAUAUAGAAAAACGUACAAUUUCACGAUUUCAUUAUUUUAUAAAAACACGGACGACGUUUUCCACCAGAAAAAAAUGAUUUAAUCGAAAAAUCACAAGAUAUCAUUUUUAUUUACUUUUUGAUUUACUUUCUUACCGUAUCAUUUUCGAAAUUUUUGAGCCACUUUUGAGCUUUUAGGGAAUUCUAAUUUCUAGGAGUUUUUUUACUGUAAUUCGAUUAUAAAUACACGUAGAGACUUGAAACUUGGUAAUAACACUUAUAUUUGAUUAACAUAGACAUGGUAAAAUUUCCAAAAUUAUCGGAUGACUUUUUUUUUAAUAAAAGUUUUAAAAUCUAAUUUAAAUGAAAAUCGCAAAAAUUAUGUAUAACCGAAUUGCGCUCGGAAUCGUCUUUUAAGCAAUAGUUUAUCGUUGCAUACAGAUAUAAAUAGAAUAACCUUAUGUAUCCUACCUUCCCAACUUCCUACCUACACUAGUGGCUCCAUCUAUCCAGAGUAUCAGCUCUUUUUUUGUUUUUUUAUACUAUUUUUUUUCUUUUAUUGUAUUUUGAAAAGCAUGUUUAUUCAUUUUUUUUAAGUCAGUACAAUAAAAUCGUAAUUCUGACUAAAAUACUACAUUCUAAUAUCCUAAAAUGGAAAAUAAAAAUACUUAUUAUAUUGACAUUGUAUCAGGUGCUAUUAGAAAACGUCUAUGAAGAACUUGAUCCGAUAUUAGAACCAAUAUUGUUGACGCAGAUAUUCUUGACCGGUGGAAGGUAUUGCCUACAAUUAGGCGAUGCCAUUAUCGAAUAUGAUGAUAAUUUUAGGUAAAGUUUAAUGCACUCAAUACUCUAUUUUUAUUUAUUUAAUUACCACUUAUAAUUAACAUUCUUAUUACGUAUUCGAAUACGUAGAAAUACUUUUAGGAAGAAAUACUUUAGAAGUUAUGCUUUUUGAUAUGAUGUAUUAAACAUACUUUUUUUAAAUUUUAUUUCUAUUCCAAAAUAUUUUAUAUCUAUUUUUAUUUACUCAUUUACUAACACAAUUAAAUAAUAUAAUGUUAAUACGCAAUAUCUGAAAUUAUUGAAAUUAUUUAAAUUAAAUGCCCAUAAAUAAGUUUAAGUGUUUAUUUAUAAUUGGUUGAAUAUAGAAAUAUUUCAAGGCAUAUCACAUAAAUUAUAAAAAGAAGUAUUUUAAAUACUUUGAAAAAUUAUUUUAAUUUAUAUUCAAAUACAAUUUACACUACACAAGUAUUUAAAAAUAUAUUCUGAACACAUUUGAAAAAUUAUGUUUUACUAUGUUUAUUUAUAUAUUAUGUAUUUAUCUUUUUAAGACUGUACAUAACAACAAAGCUGAGAAAUCCGCAUUACUUACCCGAAGUAGCCGUGAAAGUAGUGUUAUUGAAUUUUAUGAUAACUCCGAUCGGUCUUGAAGAUCAAUUACUCGGUGUGGUUGUAGCUAAAGACCGGCCUGACUUGGAAACCGAAAAAAAUCAACUGAUUAUACAAGGCGCGCAAAAUGCCAAGUAUAUAAAAUAUCAAUAUUUAAAUCUAAAAUAAACUAAUACAUUUUAGCACAUGUUAUAACGUGUGUAUGAGGCUAAAACUCUUGCUCUCAACUCUUCAACUGAUGCUAGUUAUAGCAUGUUAUUUAUAUCAUUCUCAGAUUCGGAAAGUAUUACUAUGUCGUCUGCGAAUCGGAUGUAUUUGCUGUCUAUUUAUACUACACCUUCGUGUUUUUUCUUUCUUAAUAUUUAUGUUAUUCUCAAUAAACAGGUUAAAUAGAUAAGGUAAUAAAGCCUUCUAUAAUAUUUUUUCUUAUUCUUGUUUCAUAUCUAGAUUCAUUCACUUCAAUUUUAGUUGUUGGUUUUUUUGUACAAGUGAAUAAUAAUCUUUCCGUCUCUCCAGUUUAAUCAUUCUCUCUCAGAGUUUUAAAUAUGAUCUUUUCUUAUAAGGUCUAAUUUGGAAAUUUAAAAACCAAAACCACUUUUUUCUGGUUAUUUUCGAAGUUACAAUGUUAACAAAGUGCAACAUUGAACAAAUAUUAGUCAAUAAUCAUAGAAUAAUUUACAGUUAUGAAAUCUUGUAUGACGGGAAAAUAUAUUUUUUUCAUCUACAGUUUCGGAUUGUUAAUUGUUACUAUUAUGAAAAAUAAAAAUUUGCAAAGAUUUUAUUAAGCAUCAAGAAUGAUAAAGCACGGUUUUUUUUAGAUCCUUAAAAGACAUUGAAGAUAAGAUAUUACAAGUUUUGAGUUCUUCUGAAGGAAAUAUUUUAGACGACGAAGGCGCUGUGACCAUACUGAGUUCUUCAAAAGUCCUAGCGAACGAAAUAAAUGAAAAGCAAGCUGCAGCAGAGAUCACUGAAAUAUCGAUAGAUAAAACCAGACAGCAAUACCGCGUGGUUGCGACACAUUCGACUAAAUUGUUUUUCACAAUUGACACGUUAGCAAACAUAGAUCCCAUGUAUCAAUAUUCACUUGCAUGGUUCAUAAAUUUAUUCACUUCGGCCAUUAGAAACAGUCCUAAACGUAUACAAAUCGAUGACCGAACUUUCGAGUUAAUAAAAUAUUUCACUUAUUCCUUAUACGUCAAUAUUUGCAGAAGUUUAUUCGAAAAAGUAAGUUUUGCGAUAGUCAAAACUACCAUGCAAUAGACUGACACGCUUUAGAUGAAAAUAUGAUUUUAAAAAAUAACUUUUAUUCCUAAUUUUAAUGUAUUCAUAAAGUCAUUUUAAGGCAUAUAUUAAGGAUAUUUGAAUAUAUUUUUAAAAAAAUCCAAAUUAAAUUAAUGGAUACAAAUUUUAUUAUGCCGUGAUUAUAUUUGAAUUUAAAAUAGUCAUUUUGUUUUUUGACAUAAAAUUUAAUUAUUUCAACUUCAUCUUCAUCUCUACAUAUUAUACAGGACAAAUUAUUAUUCUCAUUGAUCAUGGCGAUUAAUUUGUCCGACAAAAUCAACAAGGACGAAUGGAUAUUUUUUAUAACAGGUGGCAUUAGCUUGGAUAAUCCGUUAAAGAACCCCAUUGGUUGGUUAACAGAUAAAAGCUGGAAUGAAUUAUGUAAACUCGACGAUUUUCCGAAGUUUAAGGUUAUAAUGAUUACUCUUUUUGAAAUAGUUAUAGUUUUAUAUAUAAUUUAUAUUCUUGCAUAAUUUUAUUAUAUAUUUACAAUAUGUCACAUCCACAUAGUGCAAAUGCUCAUUUCACGAAAUGGAUAUCCCUUUCAUGGACAUCGAUAGUGUUUAAGUAUAUGAAGAAAAAACUUUAAGUUUUUGAGUUCAUGAAAUAGGCAUAAAUUGUAUUCAUUUGGUGAAAUUAUAACCUUUAUUUUACAUUUUGUGUAAUUUUUCAUUAAAUUUACACGACAUGGAUAAAUCUAAUGAAAUACAUUCCGUCACAAUAUAGGUAGGUGCUUACUAUAAAAUAGACGUAUAAAGAAAAAAAGGAUGGACAUACUUUACACAAUGGGUGGGAUACUGUUGUUGAUGAGAAGUUAAGGAGCUUGGAUAUAGAGGGAAAUUUAAUGUAUAUCUGUACGUGACGUAUUAAUAUUUACUAAUGAAAAACAAUUCUCAGUGGUGUUCGGUUAUACAUGUUAAAAGGCCAUAAUAUUUACGAUUUUCGUCAAAAUUUGAUACUAAAAUUUUUCAUUGAAAACUAAUUUCCUCUAAAAAGGUGCUAUACUUGAAAAUCGGAGCAAAAUAUUUCAAGUAGAAAAGUUCACAGAAGAAAAAAUAAACAUCAUUGUAAAACUAAUACAUUCCUUGCUUCACUCAGAAUCUAGAAUAGAUAAAUAAUAUAAAUUCAACAGUGACAGAUAAUAAUAAUUAAAAUUAUUUAAUGAUUUAUGCAUAAAAUAUUUAUUUAUUAUUGUAAUUUAAUGAGUUAUGACUCUCAUAAUUCGAAUAUAACUCAUAAAAGAGCGGCUGUUACAUUUAAUUACUGCUUUGUAACAAGUAUACGUCUACUUUGUCAUUCGCCUUUACAACUAGUAUAAUCUUGUCCACCUAGAAUAUUAUAGACCGUUCCACGUAAAGUUAAUAUUUUAUUAUAAUUUACAUAAUCAGUUUUAAAAAAAAUAGAUGUUGAAUGAAUCAAUGCUAAUAUAUAAUAUAAUAUACAGCACUAACGCUUUUUGUUUGUAUUCAUAAUAUACAAAUGUUUAAAUAACUUGGAAAAUAUUAUUAAAGGGCAUACGAAUGGAUUUUGAAUCUAAUACAAACGCAUGGAAAGUGAUUUAUGAUUCAUUAGAACCGCACUUGACUCCUUUUCCCGAUCCGUGGGAUAAGCACCUCAACUAUUUUCAAAAAUGUCUCGUACUACGUUUACUCCGCUAUGAUAAGAUUUUACCGUCCAUUCAACAUUUUAUAGCUUGUAAGUUUAUCGAAAAUAUGAUUGCACUGGAUAAUAAUAAUUAUACCUCCCAAAUUACUAACUACAGAUGAAUCUCUACUGGAAGCAAAAUUUACCAUACCUCCGCCGUUCGAUAUGGCAACGACUUUUGACGAUUCAAACAGUUCAACUCCAUUAGUUUUUGUUUUGACGCCAGGAGCAGAUCCAACAGAUAUGUUACUGAAAUUUUCAGAGAAAUCUGUAAGCACCUACUUUUUUAAAUAUUACAGAUAUAACUUUUAAUUGUUUAAUUGUGGCUUAUUGAUAUGCAUAACUUGAUUUUGUUAAAAAUUUAAACAAUCAAUGUAAAUAAAUUAUGAUGUUUCGCACAGGGAUUCGGUGCUCGUUUUAUAGCUUUAUCGUUGGGCCAAGGACAGGGUCCGAUUGCUUCAAGACUUAUUGGUGAUGCUACCAGAUUGGGUAAUUGGAUUUUGCUACAAAACUGUCAUUUGGCUAAAAGUUGGAUGACACAAUUAGAAGUGGUGAAUAUAAUUAAACAUAUUAAUCUAACUUUAAGUAAUGUUAUUUGCGUACAUAUAUAUUGGAUUUAAUGAUUUUUAAAUAAUAAUAAUUUUACGUUUUUUACUAUAAUUUUGAAAAUUUACUUAAAAGUUAAAAUCAUGAAAACAAAAACCAAAUUAUUUUUUUUAUGUGUGAUAUAUUUAAAAACAAGCACAAGUAUACUUCUGAAUAAUAAUUAUAAUAAUAAUAACUCAUUUAACUUUAAUAUGCUUAUCAAAUAUUAAGUGCUCAGACAAUCCCUAUUUGGGACAACAUAAUUUAUACAUUUUCGAUAUAGUAUAUUCGAAAAUUUAACUCAUUGUAUUCCAUUUUAUAGAUAUGUGAAAAACUCUCUUCCGAACAAACUCAUCCGGAAUUUAGACUUUGGUUAACGUCGUAUCCCGUAGAAUACUUUCCAGUGUCGGUUUUACAAAACAGUAUAAAAAUGACUAAUGAACCGCCAAAAGGGCUACAAGCUAAUAUCUACAGGUAAUUCUAUAAUUAAUAUACCAGUACUUAUACUAAUUAAAAAUGGUUUUUAAUCGACUCCAAUCUCAAUGUUUAACGAGCAGAUCGUUUAUGAGUGAUCCAAUUAUAAACGAAGAAUUCUUUGAAGGCUGUAAACAGAAAAGCAAUUUCAAAAAAAUGCUUUUUGGAUUGUGCUUUUUCCAUGCUCUGAUACAAGAGCGCCGGCAUUUCGGUCCGAUCGGAUGGAAUCGACCGUAUGAGUUUAACGAAACUGACCUCAAAAUCAGCGUUGUACAAUUGCAAAACUUUUUAAAUGAAUAUCCGACCAUUCAAUUUGACGCAUUGCGCUAUUUGACCGGAGAGUGCAACUACGGGGGCCGCGUAACAGACGACUGGGAUCGCCGAUGCCUUAUUACAUUUUUGAAUAGGUUCUAUACACGAGACAUAGUCACCAAGAAAAAUUAUAGAUUUGAUAAAACUGGUAAUAAUAAAUAUAUAAAAGCGUACACAUAUCCGGCAUUGUGACAUCUCGUGAUUAUAUAAUAAUAUUAUGUUAAAGGAACUUACUGCUGUCCGCACUUGGACAAACACGAUGAAUUCAUUCAAUACAUCGAACAGUUGCCUUUAAUCACAGUGCCCACGAUAUUCGGUUUGAAUGAAAACGCGGAUCUUAUCAAAGCACAACAAGAAACCGAUAUACUUAUGACGUCUAUAAUCAGUACACAGGUAUGUAUUUUUCAUGCUAAGGUAUACGUAAAUUAUUAUAUUGAGUCAUACAAUAAUAACUAGAGAUAGUAACGCCGUUCAUAGAAGGAGGCAUUGUUAUGAUGUUAUUGCAUGUUCAUUGAAAUUAGCAAUAUUUUAAAAGAAUAUUAAUAUAUUUUCCAGCUUAUAAAAAAUAUAAAUUCAGACUUUCUCUUUUGAUUUCAAAAAGAUAAAGUUAUAGAUAUACCUUAAUGAUUUGUUAGGUAGGUACUAUGGACUAUAGUAUUUACUUGAGGUUUCUUAAGUGAGCAGGAUAAUAAUCGUCAUUAGGCUGUAAAAAACAUUUUAGACGCACACAAAUCAUACUCAGACUAUUAACCUAGUUCAAAAACCAAACAUUUUGAAAACCAUAAAAGCUUCAUUUAUUAACCUAACAUUUUUUUUCUUGGAUUUCUAUUUUUAUCCUUUUUCCUUGAUUUUUUUUACUGACCACCAUAAAUUAGUGUACAUAAUACUAUGUACAUUGUACAAGUUAUACAUGUUUGCCGGUAUUAAUAUUGAUAAUACCUAUAAUCUUAUAUACAUAUAUAUAUACAAAGUAUCCCACGAAGAUUUACCCAUUUUAAUAUAUCCGAAGAUAAUAAAAAUAUUUAAAUUGUGUUUUUUUUUUUUGUUAUGUCACUCCUAAGCAUAACGAUUACAAAUAUUUAUAGUUCUAUUAAUUUUUGUUUUGUAAAAAGCUUAAGAAAAUUAUUUUUAUUUUAUUAAUUUUGAAAAAUUUGAAGAUGGCCGUUUUUGAUUCUAAUAAAAAUGUUUACAUCUUAACUUUUUAUUUUCAUUAAAUUCAUGGUUUUUAAUAAUUGUUUAACGUUCCGAGAAAACUAACUAUAAUUAUACAGCGGUCAAAUAUCAAAAAUUGAUUAUAAUUGUAGGUAAUUGACUUUUUUCUCUGUACUUUAAAAAUCACGAAUUUAAUGAAAAUAAAAAGUAAUAUGUCAAUAUUUUUCGAAUAAUAAAGUCUAUAAAACGGCUAUCUUCAAAUUUUUCAAAAUCAAUAAAAUAAAAGUUAUUUUUUUAAGUUUUUUACAAAACAAAAAUUAAUAGAAUUAAUAAAAUUAAUAUAAUAAUAUUAUUAUAUAAUCACGAGAUGUCACAAUGCCGGAUAUGUGUACGCUUUUAUAUAUUUAUUAUUACCAGUUUUAUCAAAUCUAUAAUUUUUCUAUAAAUAUUUGUAAUCCUUAUGCCUGGGAGUAAUAUAAUAAAAAAAAAAAAAAAAUAAUAAAACAGAAUUUGAUUAUCUUUAUUAUCUUUGUAUAUCUUUGUGGGAUACACUGUGUAUUAUUAUGGUCUAUAUAAUUAUAGAGCAUGGAAAGUUCAAAUGAAGGGGAAGGAGUGUCGUCGGAAAAUCUGGUAAUAAUGUUUGCUCUUGAUGUUCUCAACAAACUUCCACCUCCUUUUGAUACGGUACUCGCAUUAGAAAGAUACCCUACCAGUUACAAUCAGUCUAUGAACACAGUUUUGGUCCAAGAAAUGGGGCGGUUCAACAACCUAUUGAACUCCAUCAGUUCGAGUCUGAUUAAUAUUCAAAAAGCUAUGAAAGGUAAAUAAGUUAAAAAUGUAAAAAUAACGUGAAAUGCGAAUAACAUUUUAUUGAUUAUUCACGUUUUUAUAACAAUAAUAUUAGGUAUUUAUAUGUUUAUAUGCAAUAUGCAUACUAAAUGCAUUAUAAGCGUACUACCUUUAGCAUACAAAAAUACUUUUUUUUUUAUCAGAAACCAGCAAUUAUUUCUGAGGAUUUUAAGAGAAUUUGAUAUGGAAUCGGUUGAGAUUUAAUUUAAAACCGUUUUUAAUUUUUUCCCCUACUCUAUAUACUAUUGUUUUUCAGGAAUCCCCGUUUUGAAUACAGAUUUGAAUAGAGAAUUAUUUUUGCUAGAUAUUUUAAUAUGCAUAACACUAAUAUCAUAUUUACUAUUUGUGAGUUAUAAUCGUUUAAUAUUUAGACCGGAGGAGUUGGAAAGAGUAAUAAAUUGUACAUCUAUUUUUAGAUGAUAAAUUGAUAACACUUAAACGGUAAAUUUAAUGUUAAUAUUAUACAUAUCAAAAUGUUUAGAAAAUUACUGUCUAUUCAACUCUGUGUUCAAAAAGGGAGAAUUUCUAAAAUAAUAGUAUACACUUAUUUUAGUAUAUACAGUAGGGGUAAAAAAUAAUAAUGAUUUCGAAAUAAAGCUUAGCCGAUUCUAUAUACGGAAUCAAAUUUUUUAAUAUUUGAAAUAUAAUUGCAUUGCACGCAUAAUUAAUGUUUUAUAACGUUUUAUAGGUUUAAUACUGAUAUCGAAUGAACUGGAAGAGCUUUCCCAAAGUAUUAUACUGGGGAAACUUCCGUCUACUUGGGCUAGAAAUUCGUAUCCUUCUUUGAAACCGUUGGGAAGUUACAUCAAAGAUUUUCUACAAAGAAUGAACUUCUUUCAAGUAAGAUUCUAUUUAAGAUUUUGCCAACGCGAGCAUAUGCAUACUAUAUUUUUCAUUAUUUCGUCAAGCAAUUUUUAUGAACAUUCAAUACAAAGUUAAAAUCCAGGACUAAAAUUUAAUUUGAAAUUAUAUACUUUAAUUACUACGUUAUUGUAUUUUGUUUGUCAGAAUAUUAUGAUCCUAGAUUUGGAAUGUAGCGAGGGAUCUAUUGGUUUUAAAAAGAUGAGUGUUUUUUUUUUUCUAUCUGUGAACAACUUUUCUAGCAAAAAUAUUGCUCUGGAGUAACGAGUGUAAUCUUUUCUGUAAGGAAAUUGUAUCUAGAUGGUGCAUUGGGUAGGUUAUUUAGGCAUUUUUUGAUUUUCUAUAAGGUUUUUAUAAUAAAUGAGAAAUACUGAAAUAAAUUAAAAUUUUUACGGCUCAAUUUCUCUACCAGAAAUAAUGGUCAAUAUAAUGGAAAAAUAACCGUUUCAUUUAAUUGGUGAGUACCUAAGAUAGUAGGUUUUUCAUUUUCCUUUUCAUUUUUUUUUAAUAAUUUUUUAAAAUCGAAAAAAAGACAGACAUACUUCGUAUUAUAGGUGGACCACUGGUUAUCAUUAUUUAAAAAUAUUUACGACUUAUGUUUAAGAUUCUGAGCGGAAUGAAGAAUAUACAGUGGAACCUCGAUAACUCGAAUCGGUUGGGGGCGAAAAAAAUUUCGAGUUAUCGAUUUUACAUUGUUUAAUAUUAUUUUUUUUUUAUACUGCCUACAAAAUGUCACACUCAUUCCCAAAAUUUUCAACUGAAUUACGACAAAAAUAAAAUAACUAAAGCAUUACUUUCACAGAUUUUUCCUUUUAUUCUAUAUUUUUUUUUCCGGUUUUGCUCAAUUAUUAAAAAAAAAAAAUACAGAGAAAAUCAAAAACCGACUUUUUUUUUUGAGUAACUAAAUUUAAAUAAUUCAACAAAAAACGACUCUUGUAAUUUUUCUAUUCGACCAAUAUUUCUAGUAGAAAACAUCAUGUGUAAAAAUUCAAAAUAAUAAAAUCAUAUGCCGUAAAUUUGUUGGUUUUUCAACGGAUCUAAAACACACAUCAUAGCAAAACUUAUAGAUCCCUGGCUAUGCUCUAAAUCUAACAAUAUUAUAGUAGACUUGAUUUAUUUUUUAUUACCCAAUUAAACUUAUAAUAAUUCUCAUAUUAAAUUUUUAACCUAUUUUUCGACUAAACAACUUCAUCCACAUUAAACCAAAUAAUAAUAAUUAAAUUCCUAUAAAUAACUCAAAAAUCACAAUUUUUUUAAAAAUGCUAUGCUUUAAAUUGUUAAAAUAUGCUAUUAUAAAUAUUGGAUUUAAUUUAAUACAGUUUUAUAUUUAUGGACGUUUUAAUAUAAGUUGCCAUUUGAAAAUCAAUAGUAGGUAGUGGUUUUACCCCCAAAAAUGAGGUGGAAAAAAAUAAUAAAAUUAUAAAAUUGUAGAGCAGCUUGUUUAUUAAAUUUUCUAGAAAACAAAUUCCGGAAAAAGUUAAUACUUUCCGAGAUAAUGAGUGAACUUACUUAAAUGGAUAACUACUAAUAGGUACUAAUGUUGGUCUUUACAAUUAGUUUUAAUUGAUUAAUCGAUAUCCAUUUACCGAUGGUCAAAAAAUAAAAUCGAAAAUAAUAAAAUUGGCGAGCACGCAAAUUUUCGCGUCUUUCCUACUGUUUUUCCCGGGUUUACCGAAUAAUUGAAUGAACUGAAAUCAAAGAACUUUUUUCUUAUGCAGUUAACUAAACAAUAUUUUCUUUCAAAAAUCGUGAUACAAAUGAAUUUCAGUGCAAGAUUUCUGGUAGAAAAAUUAAAUCAAAAUAAUUUUAAAUAAUGAAAUCGUUAACGCCGGAAAUUAAUCUUGUUUCUUUUACAUUAUUUUUGGGGGUUUUCCAGUUAUUAGGAAAACUGCUACGAAAAUAAAAAAAUGGUAUCAUCAUUACAUUAACUAGAUCCUAAAUUUAACAGAAAAUGUCUCUUUUUAUUUCGGUGUAAAAUGUUUGAUAGUAAAAAAUUGCUUACAAAAAGGAAAAAAAUUACACAUCACAGUAAAAUAAUACAUUCCUCGUUUUGCUCAGAAGCUAAAUGUCUUACAGUUUUAUGAAUGCGAUUCAAAGUUGUUAUAUUAAUAUACAUAUACAUUGUUUGCUUAUAAUAUAUUUUACCACAAUUUAGAAAUGGUAUGUUUACGACGCUCCGGAUGUAUUUUGGCUGUCCGGAUUUUAUUUCACGCAAGCGUUUUUGACUGGAGCACAGCAAAAUUUUGCCAGAAAGUACAAAAUACCUAUUGAUCUGCUGACAUUUGAUUACAAGGUAUCAUAAUAAUAAUACUGUAUGCAUCAUUUUCUCAGUGAAUUAUUUAAUAUAUUAUAUGCAUUAUGUUUGAAUUAUUCACAUAAUACUAAUAAUAUGUGUAACUGAACUUAAACUAUACACGGUUAGGUUCAUAAUUUUACAGAAUAAUCGCUGUAGGUCUGAAAUAGGAUAUUAUAUCCACGGACAAAGCUAUGAGGGGCAGCUAUAUCAUACAAUAUUCGCGAAUUUUGUUUUUUUCUUUUGUUUUUAAUUUACACAACAAUAACCUUAACAGUAUAAUAUAACCUACCUGACCCAUAGAUUAUGAAGCGAACGUUUGUAGUCGAUACCCCGCCUGAAGACGGAGUGUACGUUUACGGAUUGUUCCUGGAUGGGGCUCGGUGGAGCGGGAACGCGUUUGCGAUCAAGGAGUCUCGACCGAAACAACUGUUCGACGUCAUGCCGCUCGUGCACAUGGUGCCGAUCAAGAAAGCUGAUCUGCGGCUCGGGAAUGUUUACACGUGUCCGGUGUACAAGACGUCUGAGCGAAAGGGUACGCUAUCCACCACCGGGCACUCGACGAACUUUGUCAUCUCGUUGGCGAUGCCGAUCGACAAGCCGUCCGAACACUGGGUCAUGCGAGGCGUGGCACUCCUGUGUCAGCUCUCUCAAUAAAAAAAAAUGUUUGAAACAAAAUAUUUAAAAAAUGAUUUUUUUUUUUCCAUCUAUAAUCUAUAUAUUAUACGAGUACAAGAGUCAUUAAACACCAUUAUUCUGAACACUGGAGAUUUUUAAAC